GUAGUUUUGCCCGCAGUAAUCAUGGCAUCCAAGGGGGCUCGCCAGCGGUGGAAAGGAACCGGUGGAGAGAGGGAGGAAAACAGCGGGAGGCAGCGAGAGGAGAGGCGGGUGGUGGAGCCCAGAUCCGAGUGAGGGCUGCUUGUUGUGUGGGAAGGUGUAGGAGCUGCCAUGUGGCUGUGUGGGCAGAGUGUGGAGCACUGAAAGCCCUCCCUGCAUGGGAUAUACUCUGUAUACAUGGCAUUUAGACAAAACACUCUGAAUACAGCAAUAACAGGCAGCUGAAAACCCACUUACAACACCCUGGGAAUACAGCUGAGUUGGGGGGUUUUAUGAAUCCACUACUUUUGCCUUAAAGUGGCCCUGUCACCGUUUGGGGACGUUGACAAAUUUGCAAAGUCCCCCAACAGUGACAUUGCUGCUGGGGGUCCGGUGGCUGGCAGUGACAUUGCUGCUCGGGGUCCGGUGGCUGGCAGUGACAUUACUGCCGGGGGGAUGGGGGUGCAGGUAAAGGUACGUUUAUUUCCCUGAACUUGUCCCUCAUGGGCACCACCAUCUUGGUUUGAUAGGGGUUUUUUUUAGGCGCUGGCUUCACUGCUGUACUGUCUCUGUUUGGGGAUGUUGACAAAUCUGCAAAGUCCCCCGAUAGUGACAUUGCUGCUGGGGGAGAGGGGCAGGAAAAGGUACGUUUACUUUCCUGAACCUGUCCCUCAUGGGCACCCCCAUCUUGGUCUGAUAGGGUUUUUUUUAGGCGCUGGCUUCACUGCUGUACUGUCACUGUUGGCGGACUUUGCAAAUUUGUCAACGUCCCCAAACAGUGACAUUGCUGCAGGGGGGCCAGUGGUGGGUGGCAGGAAAAGGUACAUUUAGUUUCCUGAACCUGUCCCUCGUGGGCACCACCAUCUUGGUCCGAUAGGGUUUUUUCGGCACUGGCUUCACUGCUGUACUCUUGCGCGCAUGCGCAAGAGUACAGUAUUAACGUUUGUAGAGGAGACCACAGGAUCCUCCAUAGACACAGCCAAUUCCCUGCAGAUGUCACUGAUGAUGGCUGCAGAGAUUGACACUCAGGCAACGUCUUGUGUCAAGAAAAGUCAAGCAGAGGAGAAAUACAGCGACAAAGUAAUCCCUGCUUUGUCACGGUAGGCCUAUUGACUGGGUUGGAAUUACAAUGAAUUUCCAACACAGUCAAUGUGAAUAUUACAUAAAGGUUCUAUCUUUAUGAAAUGCUAAUUUUUCACAGGAGCAUGACCGUGUGGCUUUAAUUUUGUAAUUCUGUUCUCAUUCACCACACUGUGCAGUUUAGUGAAUAAUCAUAAUGGCACCUUCUAAUGCUCUCACUCUACUCCCCAUGAUUGAAUGCUAAGUAUCUGGCACCAAAGUCUUGUAAUAACAUGAAUGUCAUGGUAACUGUGUUAGCUGCUCUGUGAGAUAAUAAAGCAAUAUUUUAAUAUUUGAGUUUUAUAGGACAGCGCCCUGAAGAAAAUAUUUCUUUAAUACUUAACUAGUCACCAACUGUUUUGGAGACUAUUCAUUUUAAACCUUGUGGCGAAUGGGCAGUAGACAUUGGAAAGUCUGAAAAUAUUGCAUGGUGCGAGGGGCGUCCUAUAGCCACUGGUGACUCACGUUGGCAUACCCUCCUGAAAAUGAAAUGCCAGAGAAGUCUGUUAUUUCACAAUUGUAUUUUCUCCCCACAACCUUUUGUGUCAAUGAGCAUUUCCCCUGUAGAUUGUAAGCUCACUGUCCGUGUUCACUUCUUUUUUUUUUUUACUUUUCUUCAGUGUGUCCAGAGACACCUAAAGAAUUUUACAUUAUAAUCGUCAUUCGUGUGUUUUCCAACAGUUUACAAUUGUUUAGUGGGGAUAAAUUGGAGCAGUAUCAAUUGAUACUAUAAAUGAAGAGGGACCUGCUGUAGACAAGAUUUGGAAAUCCACCAGCUAUUCUCUUUUAGCCACAUUUUAAUGUUGGUGGUUGUCAAGUAGACAGUGAAUUUUAAUAAAAAGAAAAUCACAUUGCAAAAUGUAGGUCAGAAUAGAUUUGGGAAAAUGCCCCCAAUUUUGUGAUUGUCACAGCUUGGCUUAGCUGAGCUUCAUGAAUUAUUAAAUGAGACUUAAAUUUCCAAGACUUCCCAACAUUUUCUUUUCUACGCAACUACAUACAAUGUAAUGCUUCUCUUUGUUUAUAUUUUAGUGUUUACACCACAUUAUUUUAUUGUCAAAAAUAAAGUUAUUUAGAAAAAAAAAAUAGUGCUUUUGUUUGCUUUUUGUUUAACACCUUCUGUGGUGUUUAUUUGACAGGUCGUCGAGUAGUAAAGCAGGUCAGGUUUGGGCUCCAGAGGGUUCCACUGCUUUUAAAUGCCUGAUCUCUGCCAGAUUCUGUGCGGCACUGCUUAGCAACAUUUCGGAUUGUGACGAAACCUUCAACUAUUGGGAACCUGUGAGUAGCUGCAUUCAUUGCUUCAAUGGUAUGCAAAGUUAUGUAUCGUCGUUUAAAGGAACAUUACAGCUUACUUUUGGCUCGUUUAUAACCUUGUCAGUAUUUAGCGACCAGCUGCUACUCGUUAACGUGCCUGUUGCUAACUAAUAGUGAUGGCUGUUUUCCAGGUGCCAAAUUUCACAAGUAGCGAAAGAGAGUUACCGGCCUCCGCUACUGGAAGCCUGACACCCAUUCUCGAUGGGAGCUGCUUACCUCUCCUUAGCUACUGAUUUUCAAACCUGUCCGUACUCCUUACCAGCUGCUAACAUUUAAAACCUGACAAGCCUCUGGCCUGCGGCAAAAAUGUUAACAGAAUCUAUACAUCCUAAUACCCUAUACAUCCUAAAGGAGUUAUACAUAUUAUUAGCAUUUAUAUAACACCAGCAUAUUGCACUGGGCUCUCCGAUUAUAGAAUGGGGAUGUUUGACAAGAAGUAAUUGAGAGACACACUGACAGACAUACAAAUACGCACACACACACACAGACAGACAUACAGAUAGAAACACAUACGCACACACACACACUGACAGACAUACAGAUCUACACACUCAGACAGAAGUACAGAUAUGCACACUGACAGACGUACAAAUAUGCCCAUACUGACCGAUACAUAAGCACACUGACAGAAAUACAGACACAGAUAUACAGACACACACACACUGACAGACAUACAGAUACAUACACACACUGACAAACAUGCAGAUACUCAACACAUACUCUGACAGAUCUACACGGACACUGACAAAGGCGGAGUGUGGUGACAGGUAGAGGUGAAUCAAUAAAUUACAAGUCCGAUACCGAUUAUAAGCAAUAUGUUGAAUAUUGGCUCUAAUAAUCGUCCAAAAUGAUAAUUGAUCUAUCCCUAGAUGGUGUUGCCGCCUAGCCAGUUAAAGGUAGCAACAAGGUUGGAAGCUUAUUGGUAAAUAGAUGUUGCUAGUAAAUACUGGCUGCUGUUAAUGAUGACAACUAUUUACUGAACAGGCUGUAAAACCAGCCUUUCCAGGUUUAGUCACUAAAAGUUAAUUUUAAACACUACAAAGCACUAUUUAGUAAGGCAGACAGUUAAAGUGACUCUCUACUGCUCAAUUACAAAACAAAAUCACUAUUUUGUAGAUAUUUGCCCAAUUAAAACAUGCGUGAUUUAAUUAUGUAUUUUUUGAUUGGGGGUAUAUUUAAACCCAGCUUGCAAAAGUUGCAGAUUGCUUGUCUGCAGCCUUUGCAAGUCCUCCACUUUCCCCCCAGCCUAGACUUUCUGUGACUGUACAAUCACAGACUUCCCAGUGUAGCUCAAUGAGAAGGCUUUGCAAAGCAGGUGCUCUCAGUAAUUGCUUCCUCUUGAGUUUAGCUUCACCUAGCUAACCAAACCAGGAAGUAACAUGACAGGUUUUUUACAGGUUGUCCGAGCUAGGAGGGUGUAACAAGAUAAUUUAUAAAAGUGCUAAUUUCUAUUGAAACCUGCACUUUUUGUAAAAUGAAAAAAGAGGACACACUCUUCACACAUAAAGCACUUCAGCAAGCUGAAGUACGUUAGAGGUCUGGAGUGUUCUUUUAACAAAGAUGUAACAUAGAUUUAAUGUGCUCUCAGCACAGGGUCCAGGCUUUGACUGCUGGGAGAGCCACAUGUAUGUUAAGCUGCUCAAACUACUUGACCCAAAGACUUCUUGUGCCAUAACUACUCCAAUAAAGUAUAAUGGUUGUGGUUCAUUGAUGGGCCAACUCCAGAGAGCUAAGGGAAGUUCCAGCCCUCUGGCAUGAGCUGUGGAGGCAGGGAGACUACCAGAAAACCCCUGGUAAGAUGUCAGACUGCUUUAAAAAAAAGGGAGUGCAACGUUAAGAGAAAUUUAAGCCUCAAUUUCAUACUGUAUACGAGGGUUGAUAAAUCACUCACUUUAGAAUUGGAAGUGAGAAACAACCGUUAAAGAUACACUCCAGGCACCCAGACCACUUCUGCCCAUUGGAGUGGUCUGGGUGCCAACUCCCACUACUCUUAACCCUGCAACUGUAAAUAUUGCAGUUUUCAUAAACUGCAAUAUUUACCUUGCAGGGUUAACUCCUCCUCUAGUGGCUGUCUACUAGACAGCCACUAGAGGGCACUUCCGGGUUUAUUGCAGAUUCUGUGCUAUAGCGUUGCUGGACAUCCUCACGCUAUGUGAGGACCUUCAGCGUCACUGAAAUCCCCAUAGGAAAGCAUUGAAACCAUUUUCAAUGCUUUCCUAUGGGGAGGUCUAACGCGCAUGCACAUUAGGUCUCCCCCGUCGCCGGCCGUGCAUGUGCAAUAGGUCUCCCCCGUCGGAUGUCGUCGGCGGGGGAGGUGCAUGUGCGGACCCUGAACCAUCGCCAAGGGACAUCGGCGCUGGAUACAGGUAAGUCACUGUUUUAAACCCCUUCAGCAACCUGAGAUAGGGGGUGGAAAGGAGAGGGGACCUGCAGUGCCAGGAAAACGGUUUGUUUUCCUGGCACUGGAGAGUCCCUUUAAUGUACAUCAGGGUUGUCAAACUCCGUAUGGUAGUGUAACAUUUUAUACUAAAAUCCAUUCAUGAUGGCCACACGGUUUAUCAGAAGAAAAUGAAAACAUUACAUUUACCCAGUGUCACCUGUAUUAAAGUAAAGGCUCAAUUCUUUACAUUCUUUACAUUUGUCAACUUUGUCACCAUCUUCAUAAUUAUGAGUGUCCAGAUAAGAGGGACAGGGAGAUUUGGGUCUCACCAAGAUACACUUUGUAGCUGUGUAUGGCAUUUUAUCGUUUCACUUGAACUUAAUCCAUAUAAUUACUCUUUCACAAUUGUAGUUUUUUUAUGGUUUGUUUUAAUUUUAGACUCACUAUCUUGUCUAUGGCAAAGGAUUCCAGACGUGGGAAUAUUCUCCAGCGUAUGCCUUACGCUCAUAUGCUUACCUUUGGCUACAUGCGUUGCCUGCCUGGUUCCAUGCCAACGUCCUGCAGACAAACAAGGUAACUUGAUUAUUCAUUGAAUUAAUGUCAAGAAUUAAUCUAAAGUGAGAUAUCUAAUGGAAAAAAAAAAAAAUUAUAUAUAUUUCAUAACCAUUUUAAAAAUUAUUGUGUAGUAAGUAUUUGGUCUAUAAAAUUGCAGUUCUCUUGUCAAUUCAAAAUAUCUUUACUGAGAAGAAUGUUAUUCAAUUAUUUUGUCCUAAUGUAUUCGCCUGAAACAUGCUUUAAUGUUUACCAAUAGAAUUGUAUUCACUAGUUUACUAUUUAUUCUUUGUAGGUCCUGGUAUUUUACUUUAUACGAUGCUUUUUGGCUUUCAUCAGCUGUAUAUGUGAACUUUACUUCUAUAAGUAAGUAUUUUACUUCGAAAAUUAAAGACAGAACAUUUGCUUCUUAGACUGUGCCAACUAUAAAAUGUUAGCUAGCUAUUAAGCUUGCACAGUGACAUUCUUUGCUACCUGGUAUUUUUAUGAGAGAUUAAAAAGAUUGUGUUGGCUUAAUUCAUACAAUGAAAAAAGUGACCAUGGCUCAAGAUAUAUAUAUAUAUAUAUAUAUAUAUAUAUAUAUAUAUAUAUAAUCUCCAAAGAGGUAGUAGCACUCACAGAGUUAAAAAAUCCAAUCUUUAUUUUAAAUUGUUAAAAUCACGAUCAACGUUUCAGUCCUAUGUCCAGAACUUUCAUCAGGAUCAAUACAGCAAUGUAUUGAUCCUGAUGAAAGUCUAGCAAUCUCAAGCGUAGCCUGUUAUGCUUAGUGGUAUGUUACCUUAUGCAUGUUAUACCAUAAUAGUCUGUCAGUUUAGACACCUUAAUCCUCUCACUACUCCUGAUUGCUACUUUACUGACAUUGUGACCAAGAAUGCUUUUCAUUUCGUGAUGGUCUCACUGGUACUCACUUUACCCUUAAAGCACAGUUCUGUCUUCCUUCACCGUAGGUCAGCCUUCAAUUAGCAUGCUUAGAUUAUGUCUGAAUGCCUACUCCAUGCAUAUAGACAGGUCAGCUAAGCUUGAUAUAUCCUGUUUUGCAGCUCCAAAAUGAAGCAGACACAAAUAGGAGUUUAAUCUCUUGUAGUCUCAUAUGUAAUCCAGUAUCUAGAUAGCUUUUCUUACUUUGACUGUCGAUGCCAUAAUCUUGAUCUAGAUAGAUUUAACAAGCAUGUUUCUAAUCCUGUUGUUAUACCUUGUGCCUGUUAAACCCCCUGCCUUAUUGCAUGUAAGCUGUGUAUCCUGACUCUCUUGUCAUUUGCUAAUGGGGCAUGACAAGCUGUAUGUACUUACUUAACUGCACUACAAAAAUAAAGAAUUAUAUAAAAAAAAAAAAAAAAAAAAUAUAUAUAUAUAUAUUUUUUUUUUCUUUUUUAUAAUUCUUUAUUUUUGUAGUGCGUUCAUUCUAAAUGUCAGCACUCUCUAAGGGGACAGGAUAGAUAUAAUGCUAAAAUGAGCAGAUGUUUAUUAAAGUAUUAGUUUUUUUCUUCUUUUUUUAUAAACUAAUAUAUUAUCUACACUGCAACACAUUCACCUACAAUUUGUUGACAUUUUUACAGUGAAAUGUCCCUAAUAUUAAAGUACACCUGUCAUCCUAAAUAGCAUUUAAUCACAUCAGAUUGCUAGCAGAUGUUUAGCAUUUACUUCACCUUAUUAAGAUUUGCUGACCGCUUUACAGUGAAGACCAUAUAUAAGGUUGCUGUGUACUGCCACUCUUACUCCAGAUUAUGCUUUUGCAGCUCACUACACUUAUCAAGAAUCUGAAUCCAGUGCGUCACUGUGAAAAUAAUUGCUGGGGUUAAUGCAAUCGGGAAGAGCACCUUCCCAGCUGUCUGAUUUUCUCCUGAAAUCAGUACUUGUAUAAUGUUUGACAGAUGGGAGCUCCAAAGCAAUUCAGUAAGAUGUUGGUUUGGAGUGUUCCUGUCAAUACAUUUGUUGGCGAUUUUGCCAAUUAGAGAAACAAGGUCAUCUGCAUGAUUUUUGGAGGCCCGGAUCACUUUAACUUUUAUUCCAAUAAGUACCCAGUUCAAUAUUAACAUUCUCCACCAUGUAUUAUUUACCUUAUGUAUUUCCAUAGCUGUUGAAGUGCCCUGCUACCAUUUCCGAUUUACCACUGUGGAUAUGCAUAUCACAGAUUUAAAAAAAAAUGUGGCUAUACACUGCGUAAAUGAGAAACAAAAACAAUUAAGUGCUUCAGUAAAGGGACACGUAAAAAAUAUUAAACUGUUAAUCUGCAUACAGCCGGUAAUAAAGAAUGCAAAAAUUAAAAUGCAUAUAACCAUACAUAACUCACAGCACCAAAUAGUCCAGUGUUGGCAGCCAGGAAGAAAUGAAUCCUCAUCUGUAGCCUGUGGGGAUCCAGAGUUCCUUUCCCAGCACCUCCAGCACACCGGCCUAUUCAUUGCCGGUGUCAUUUGUGCAAACUCCAACAACAGGAGCAAUGUUUCAGGUUCAAUAUUACUUAUAUUACACUUUUCUUACCUCUAUACUGUAGAAUGCAGAUUCCAGGGUGGAAUAUAUUAUUGUCUAAUCAUAUAUUUCUACAUUUUGCGGAUUUGUACAGUACCUGGGAUAUGCAUAUUAACUUAUGGUUUAACACAGAUUGUUGUAAUGUGAAUAUCAAUGUCUACCUGAUUUGUAUCAAUGAUGCAUAUUAUUGGCACUUUUUGGUAAGAGUUGUCACAUUUUAUCGGUAGCCAUGGUUAGUUGUCACUAAAGCUGUUUGGCAAAAAUGAGAUCUAAGUGAAGUGAGUGAGCAAAACACCCCUCUUGAUGUUUGGGUUUUGACAAAUAAACCUGUUAACUGUGACCUCUAUAAGUAUAUAAUAAAUGUAGGGAUUAGCGAAGGGUCCUAAAAUUGGUGCUACUAUCACCUACGUGUUCACUCCAAAAACACACAAAAGAAAUGUGUAAAAUAUAUAAUAAAAAUUAGUGAGCGCACACAAUAUGUAUAAAAUAUUAGUAAUCGGUAACAGACACCUGUAAUAAAACCAUAAAAAAGACCAUAGGGUAAUACAGUACAUUAUAAAUUAAUAUGAUAACGACUAGAUGGUCCCACUCACAUGGUGCGGAGCCACUUAAAUAGCUGGCUCAGACUUUUGAAUCCUUGAGAAUAUAGAAGAAUGGGGUGGAUACUCCCUUAGAGAUAAUUGCAGUGCAGUUCAUAAAAUCUCCUGAAUAUAGGAUAUUCCAGUCCACCUCACUUGACGCGUUUCGGCAAAACAAGCCUUUCUUAAAAGUGUCAUCUGGAGGACAUAGAAGGUCGGAGAAAUUUAAUCAGAAAAAGCGCCAAAUCUACGUUUAAAAAGCGGGAUGAAUACUUGAUAGGACACGGACACUUGACAAAGGCUUGUUUAUUUCGAAACAGGUCAAGUGAGGUGGACUGUAAUAUCCUAUAUUUAUCUUAUGUUUUUAUAGUGCUUAAAUAAAUUGUUACCCCUGUACCUGAUUGACACCUGGAGUUUAUGAGUUCGGAUUUCACUCCAAGAAAAGCUGGGAACUGCACUGCAAUUAUCUCUAAGGAGUAUCCACCCCAUCCUUCUAUAUUCUCAAGGCUUCAAAAGUCUGAGCCAGCUAUUUAAGUGGCUCUGCACCAUGUGAGUGGGACCAUAUAGUAUGUAGUGGUUAUCACAUUCAUUUAUACUGUACUGUAUUACCCUAGUAUGGUCUUUUUUAUGGUUUUAUUACAGAUGUCUGUUACUGAUUACCUGUGGUAAUAUUUUGUAUAUUGUGUGCUUUCACUAAUUUUUAUUAUAUAUUGUAACCUAUAUAUAAACAGCUGCAAUGUUUAUGGUACUCAGAGUGCCCAUUUAAAUUAUUCUUAUAAAACAUUUCCACUCUUGGUUCCUGUCAGGUGACUAUCUUAGCAUCAUGGGAAAUGUUGUCCACAGUAGCCGGACUGCCCAAAGAUGGCCAUAACAGCCGUUAUUGUUUUUUUAUUUGUUUAAGAUCUACAUUCCACUUUUAUUGAUGACUUCAUGCUUUUGGUAUGGAUUCAUAUAAUUCAUCCUUUGGGGAGGUAAUAAUGUGCCCCAAAGUCCUUCUAUUUGGAGCUCCUGCUUUUUGGGUGCACAGCAAGUUUUAAACAUUAUCAAAGUAAUAAAGAAUCCCACAGGCCUGUGAUAAAAUAGACCAAUUAAAAGUAGAUUGGCGCAGCAAUUCAGCUUUGCAAAAUAAUUAUGCAGGAUAUUAAAGAAUAUAUCUCUCUCUCUGGCAAGCAGCUUCACAUUCCUAAAAAAAAAAAAAGAAAUUAAACACUACAGAGUAAUUGUUAUAAAACUUUUAAUAAAGUUCAAAUGGAAUAAAUGUCUCAAGAAGCAACGAUACUGGUUUAUUAUUUCGCCAUAUAAUAUCUUGUAGUUUGCAAAGUCUGUGUGCAAUAUGCUGGAGUUAUUAGAAUAACUGUUGUUUUACACUUUGAGUCUAGUUCGGGAAUUGUUCUAUACGAUUUAGAUAUGAUUUGAGGGGAAGAGGCAAAAUAAAAGGUUAAAGGUAUAUUUUCUGCUUUCUGAGGCAAAAAUCAGAUUUGCCAUAGGCGUGCUACGAAGUACCUAUUUUCUAAUGGGAGGUUGUUAUGAAAUUUGCUUUGGUAAAUGUUUAAUAGAAACCAUAGCAUGAAUUGACCCAUUUUUAAAAUCAUUAUAUCGCAUUAAAACUAUGCGAAUUCUUUAAAAAAAAAAAAAAGUUAAUAAAACCAUAUUUUUAUACAUAAGGAAGCUGCACAACUGAGAGGGGCUCUCUGUAGCUUCAGACAGAGUCCUCCCUGAAUAGGAAGUGGUCCAACCACUUUGUAGCCUCAUAUGUGUAGGAUGAUUGGAGCUGUUCUGGAAACUGGUAGCAAGCUUAUUGUGAGCAAGAGCCAUAGGUUGCUGCUGGGAAUUUUCUUGUAUUGUGAUUUAAUAAGACACUCACAGCAAGCAUAGUUUGUGCAGAGUGCUCUUUGCUCCAUAACUAUUGCAGUGUUACAAAUUGCCUAUGGUAUUAGCAGUAACCCUUUAAAAACUGUGUUUAUACUUGUAGGAGAUGGUUCUCCCAUGGCCUUUUCUGUCCCCUUUGUGAACUUUGAACCAUGAUGUGAAUACCUAGAUUUAUUCAACUGCAAUUCAAAUAUAAGUUUUUUUUUUUUGUUUUUUUUUGUAUUGUAUUAUGACUUGCUAUUUAAAAAAAAUAAAAAAUUUUGUUUCAGGGCUGUGUGCAAAAAAUUUGGACUCCAUGUUGGCCGGCUGAUGUUGGCUUUCCUUGUCCUCAGCACUGGAAUGUUUUGUUCAGCAGCAGGUAUGGAUGGGUGAGGUAAACAUGGGGUAUAUUUACUAUUAAUGCCUUUGGCGAAUGCUUCCAUUUCAAAGUGUUCUCUUAAUAAUCUAGGAAGAGAAACCGUAUAUAGCUCGCCUGUAUUAUCUGGUGAAUUCCAACUGGUGAUCCUUGUUGGUCAUGACUGUGUGAGUGCUGGUACCGUAAUGACUGCAUUUGCAUCCCGACCAGAAACACUGAGCAGCAACGAUAUACCAACAAUCUUUUGGAAUUAGUUUUAUGCAAGAGCAGUAAACUUAAUACAAAUAGUUGUCAACAUAUAUACGUCUCUGCAUAUAUAUAUUUUUUGCAAAGACGAAUCCACCUGCCCCUGCAUACCUGGAGCUCCUCCUCGUAGCCACCUUCGUUAUCUGUUUCAGUUCCUGGCAGAAGAAGCCCUCAAGAGCUGUGUCCCUGUCAUAAUAGAUAAAACCAGGGAGGUCUAUGAAGGACCGGAGAGGUUGUGAGCUCCUCCAUGGAUCUCCUUGGACAUGUGCUGUUGAAUGCCAUAUGUUUCAUGUAUGUUGAAUAGCCGGUCGCUUCCAUAAUACUGUUUCUCAGGCUCCUACUCAGGAAUUGAGACCUGCUUCCCCCUUUCACAUUGUCAUCGUGGUGGAAUCAGACAGUGCUCAUAGCAGGUGUCAUGGCAGCCACCUGAUUGUAUUGUUUCCAACACAGACAACUGGCAAAAAGUUAUUUGGAGCCGUCAUAUGGGCCGCCAGGGCCGGGGAGACACCCCUUGUUUUAGUCUGAAAAACGCACGGUUUAUCAAGCUCUGUGUUAGGUGAUAAUUCUUCCAGGUUUGCUUGAGUAAACUUGCGCGGCAGAGGCUUGAUUGAGCUGAACACGGUUGUACAGGUUCACUGUCAUUACAGAUCAGGAUAGUGCAGGUUUGCAGACAGUUUGGACAUUCAUUUAUUUCAAAAAACAAAAAACAGUCAGUAAGUUCUCACAAUUACUGAGCGCCCAGCCGUCUCUAAUUGCAUGUAUGCCAAUAUUCUGCUCACAUACUCUUCCUUAUUUUGUUUUUGUUUGUUUUUUUCACUUACCAGAAGCUACAUUUAUCGUACUUUACCAAUGGACAUAGUGUCCUUGUGUUUUAUUUUGCACAGAUUUCCUUAUAUUCACAUAGUUUUAUUUUCCAUGAAUACACGUGUACUAAUCAGCACUAAGCUUGCAUGUGCCAAAUCAGUCAAUUCUUGUUUUAUCAUUGUCACCUGUGCAUAAAAUAUGUGAUGUUAGUAAGUCUUUUUUUUUUUAUAAUUCUUUAUUUUUGUUGUGCAGGUGGUUACAGGGUAUCGACAGACGCCACAACAGCGUAUUGCAGAAUUUACAAAAGUUAGGCAGUGGCAUGGAAAUUCGCACAUCUUUUAUAUUUUUAUAGCAAGCUUGACUAGACUGGUAUAUUGUCAGGGUAAAAGUAAAUAAAACUAUUAGUGCUUAACAAUGCUAGAUUAGCUAUAUUAGUGUAGUUAGAGUAGGUUAAACAUCAAGCUUCAAGAUAUGCUAAAACAAUUGCUUUGCUGGAUUUGUAUCUAUGACUCAAUGCAGGGCUAAAUUAAUAUAAAAAUAAAUGGUAGACAAGGCUUAAGCUAUGCAAGUGGUUUUAACGGUGUAAGUUAUAAAAAGAGAGCAUCAGGUUGCAUAGAUGGCAAAAGUGACAGGAGCCAUCCCCUCUGACUGCAGCCCAGACCUUGAGAGAGUCUCCCUGGCAGUUCAUGCUCAUCGAACCCCCGAUCUGCAGAGUCUGUGGCAUGGUAGGAGUGAGUCCAGCGUGACUAGUGGUAAGAGGGGUGGGUGCACUGUGUUUGAUCCCUUUUGUCUGCCCGAUCCUCUGCUGGGUUCAGCUGAAAUGCGGGGGUGUCGUGUAGGUUUGCAGCGUUGCAUACGGAUGGACCGGGUGGCAGGUCCCGACUGCACUUUGCCGCAGGAGCCGGGAAUCCCCGUCUGUGGGUCAGUGACUUCGCUGUAGUGAGGGGCCCCUCUGCUUUUUAACCGUCUGGACAGCCUCGAGGAAUCAGAUCUGCUGAGACCCGGUGCUCCCAGCUUGCGCCGCCAUUUCAGGUUUGCCUGCUGCUUCCGCCAGUUUGGUUGUGGGGAGCCCUCUCAGACCCUGGCAUUACAGGUCGCGGAGACAGUCUCCUGGGACCGGGAUGACCCCCACCGGUCCAAAGGGGGGGGGAUACGGGGCCCUUACCGCGUGGCGUCGGAGCUCCGAAGGGAGACCGCAGGGCAGGAUAGCGAGGUGGCGGCCGUCCACCCCACUCACCGCUCGGGUAGGCCUCAGAUGUAGCUGUGCUGAUGUGCCUUCUCAGGGGUCAAAACGCUUGUAAUCUGAGUGGCCUCAGCUCCAGCACCUCUUUGCCCGCAGGACCGCUGCUGCUUAAAGGACCACUAUAGUGCCAGGAAAACAUACUCGUUUUCCUGGCACUAUAGUGCCCUGAGGGUGCCCCCACCCUCAGGUCCCCCUCCCGCCCGGCUCUGGGGAGAGGAAAGUGGUUAAAACUUACCUUUUUCCAGCGCUGGGCGGAGAGCUCCCUGCCUCCUCUCCUCCUCCGAUCCUCCUCCUGGGCUGAAUGCGCACGCGCAGCAAGAGCUGCGCGCGCAUUCAGCCCGUCGCAUAGGAAAGCAUUUACAAUGCUUUCCUAUGGACGCUUGCGUGCUCUCACUGUGAAAAUCACAGUGAGAAGCACGCAAGCGCCUCUAGUGGCUGUCAAUGAGACAGCCACUAGAGGAAAUAGGGGGAAGGCUUAACCUAUUUAUAAACAUAGCAGUUUCUCUGAAACUGCGAUGUUUAUAAAAAAAUGGGUUAACCCUAGAAGGACCUGGCACCCAGACCACUUCAUUAAGCUGAAGUGGUCUGGGUGCCUAGAGUGGUCCUUUAACUGCAGAUAGGUAUAUUAUUUGCUUUUUGUAGGUAUUAAUGUUGUUAGUCUGCAGGAGCUGGUCUUGUAUGCAACCUCUCAGCAUGGCGGUCCGGCCCCGCCCCCAUGUUAGUAAGUCUAAUAUGUGUAUGUGAAAAGAGAACCGUGGAUCAUUAGCAAAAUAAUGUGUUAAUGAAGAUAUCUAUAUUGUACGAUCAUUCAUUCAUAAUCACUGUCCCGGGUAGCUAGUAGUAACCAUUAUACGUUGGUUAGUGACAAAAGAAGCAGUUUGUAUCAAGCUUAGUAGAACGUGGAUCCCAGUUAUGAACAUAGUUGGGUGGCAGCUUGAGAUAUAGUUAUCAUCACUAAGCAGGAGUGCCUUGAGUCAUAUUGUUAAGGGUAACUAGAAGGAAAAGUACACAGAUCUACUUAUAUUAAUUAUUUCGUAAUUCAAAGCUUUAUUGGGCCACAAAUGCAAAUAAGACUCAUGUCAACAUGUUUUGUAAUAUGAAUAAGACGCGCAGGUCUCAGCACUAGAUAAUUGCAACGCAGCCACGCAGGUCUCAGCACUAGAUAAUUGCAACACAGCCACGUAGGUCUCAGCACUAGAUAAUUGCAACACAGCCACGCAGGUCUCAGCACUAGAUAAUUGCAACACAGCCACGCAGGUCUCAGCACUAGAUAAUUGCAACGCAGCCACGCAGGUCUCAGCACUAGAUAAUUGCAACUCAGCCACGCAGGUCUCAGCACUAGAUAAUUGCAACGCAGCCACGCAGGUCUCAGCACUAGAUAAUUGCAACGCAGCCACGCAGGUCUCAGCACUAGAUAAUUGCAACACAGCCACGCAGGUCUCAGCACUAGAUAAUUGCAACACAGCCACGCAGGUCUCAGCACUAGAUAAUUGCAACACAGCCACGCAGGUCUCAGCACUAGAUAAUUGCAACACAGCCACGCAGGUCUCAGCACUAGAUAAUUGCAACGCAGCCACGCAGGUCUCAGCACUAGAUAAUUGCAACGCAGCCACGCAGGUCUCAGCACUAGAUAAUUGCAACGCAGCCACGCAGGUCUCAGCACUAGAUAAUUGCAACGCAGCCACGCAGGUCUCAGCACUAGAUAAUUGCAACUCAGCCACGCAGGUCUCAGCACUAGAUAAUUGCAACGCAGCCACGCAGGUCUCAGCACUAGAUAAUUGCAACACAGCCACGCAGGUCUCAGCACUAGAUAAUUGCAACGCAGCCACGCAGGUCUCAGCACUAGAUAAUUGCAACACAGCCACGCAGGUCUCAUCACUAGAUAAUUGCAACGCAGCCACGCAGGGCUCCGCAAGUAAGAUGCAGUAUAAUUCAGACAUUGUCACAUAGCUGAGCAGUAGUGAAUGGAAAUAACACUUUAAAUGUUUCAUGGAAGGAGGAGGUAUAUGGUACCUCGGAAGAUGGUAUUAUAGGUAAGAGGGGAAAAGCAAGAUAGAAGAAGGGUAGAGAGGUAUAUAUGUUGCAGAAGCACCAUACUGUUGCUAGUAUCGUUAUGAGGGCUAUUGUUGUAUAUCUUUAUAAGAAUGUGACCUGUAAGUUUCACGUUAUGUCUGUGCAAUAUAAUUCCCUUAUUUUUGGAGCCUGCAUGUUCUAUGACUUAUUUUGUUUAGUCUUUAUAUUUUUGUUUCCCCAAUAAACAAAUAUUUAUGAGAAAAAUUGGAAUAGCACUUGCCAGACAUUCCCAUUGAAUGUGACAUUCAUUUUGUAUAUUGAGGACAGACAUUUAGAUCAUUUGUGGCUUCUUGGUAGAACUUACAGGAUUGUUCACUUAGGGGCAUUCAAAGUGGACCUCAAUUCCCAGACCAUAGCAGCCAAAUUAAAAUCUUAGCUGAGUUGGAAAUCUUUCCUUCUUUUUUCCCCUUUUCCCUCCAGUUCAGCCUCCCUGACCCCAAACGUGAACCUCAAACACAGCUGUUCAUUGAGCAGGAUAAACAACACUAAGUAACAUGUAGAAAAUUGCAAUAUUUAGAGUCGACACGCAGGUCAGAACAGAGAAAAUAAUACGAUAAUAAGGAAGGUGUAUAAGAGAGUAGAGAGAGGGGGGUCAAGAGCUAGCCCACCUGCCGAGAGUUUGCGUGUCUUCCCAUCAUUGGGAGUGUUCCCAAUUAUGGUUGUAUAUCACGGGUGUCUCGCAUCGGAGGUGGGCUGCUAACAGGGCAGGAUUUUCCAAAUCCCUCCCCUAUGGCUGCGUCCCUCACCCCCACUUCCUGCUCUGCCACGUACACCAGCCACAGCCGCCACCUCUCCACAUGCCUUUCCUCAGUUCCCAGUAGCGAUGCCUGCACCGACUCCGCCAUGUAUAUCUCCUCCACUCUUUCUACCAAGUGUCCCGCUGUGGGGAUCAUGUCUUGCUUCCAAUAUAGUGGUAUCAUGGCCUUGGCGGCAUUUAGAAUGUGUCGGAGGACAGACUUUCUGUAAGCCCCAAUGGUGGUCGGUGUGGAGUGCAGGAGGGCCGUUUCCAUGCCAAAACAUCCCGUGUCACAGAGGAUCUCCCCUGUUUUCCGUUACACCCUUUACCAGAAUGGCACAAUUCGUGAGCAUUCCCACCAUAUAUGUGUUAUGAUCCCUGGACCCCCUCCACAUCUCCAGCACACAUUAGGCACAUCUGGGAAGAUUCUAUGGAGGCUAUCGGGUGUUCUGUACCAUAAUGCCAAAAAUGUAAAGCUGGUUUUCUGGUAAUUAGAACUCGAGGAGCAUUUGUGGUAAAGAAUCAGUAUCUUUUCCCAUUGAGCUGCAGUGAACGUCUUAUCAAGAAUACGUUCCCAGUGAUGAAGGAAAGUAUCUUUAUUCUCUAGAUGUCCCACAAGAAAGUGUUGGUACAGGAGAGAUACUGCAUUGGUGGUCCAUGGUGGUUUUGUUGUCGCAGAGGUCUUCGAACCAUGUCAGUUUGGGGUGUAUGGCAUCCCUGUUCGGGAGUGUCUGGUAGAAAUAUUGAAUUUGUGUGUAUCGGAAUAUUUGCAGACUCGAUGGUGGGCCACCCUCCGUCAGCUCCUGUCGCGGUUUCAUGCUCGUGUUGUGUAAUAUCUUACAAAUAGGGAGAGAGAUACCCCCGCCGAGAAGGCCCCAUGACACUGGUGGUAAUCCACCCCCUAUCUGGGGAUUGUGUUGUAUAUGGAUUAGCGGGCUUGGUUUGGAGACAGAUGAGGAGCCCAAUGCUAUUCCAAAUUUUCAGCGUGUGAGCCACUGUAGAGGUGGGAUCCAAAGUCGCUUCUGUGGGCUUCCUUGAGCUCCACACAGUCAGGAAAAGGGAUGGGUGUAAGUGACCUUUGUCGCGUUCAACCCACUGUUUGUGUGUAGGAUGGGUAUUCCAUUCUAGUAUCCUCUGUAGGACAGUCGCAUGGUGAUAUUUGCACAAGUCAGGGAGUGCCAGCCCAAAAUUAAUCCAACAUUAAAACCAUUGAUAGACUCAAGUGCAAUUACAGCUUUUACAUUAACAAACACACAGUUCACCAGUCCUUUGGCUGAUCAGCAAUGUGGCUUUUACUUUACAUUUCCCAUACUUGUUUUUUUAUAUCCGUUCAUAUUUUUGCCUGUGGACUUGUUAAAGGGGCACGCUAGGCACCCUAAAAUAUAAAGCUCAUUGUAAUGGGAAUGAUUCUCCUACUGUACAGUGCGUUUGGCAGUAAGGUUUAACAAAGCCAUUACCACUCAGUGAAGGUAUUUAGAAACAUCGCCUUUGCUAUAAAUGGAUUUAGAAGGCACUUUUGGUUUAAAACCAUUACAUUUUCUGACGUUAUUGUGGUUGUUUAAUAGUUAAGCUCUAUCAAUAGGACACUGUUAUCUGUAAUAUUAGGAUUCUAGUGGUUGUUUAAUAUUUAAGCUCUAUCAAUAGGACACUGUUAUCUGUAAUAUUAGGAUUAUAGUGUCGUCUGUAGAACUUAUUUAUAUUCAGAACCCAUCAGUAGGUUGUGUUCAUUAGGAUUUUAUCAACAUUUAUUUUUGUUACAAUAUCAAGUGAUGAAACUGUCCCAUUGCUGUUUGUGUCUGUAUAAUGUAUGUUCUCUCCGAUCUUUCUUAGCUUACCUCCCCAGUAGUUUCUGUAUGUAUACUACGAUAAUAGCCAUGACUGGCUGGUACAUGGACAAGGUCUCUGUAGCAGUGCUAGGAGUGGCUGCUGGUGCAAUUUGGGGCUGGCCAUUUAGUGGUGUCUUGGGGUAAGAACUUUGUUUUUUUUUUUUAAUGUAUUUAUUUGUUUUUGCAUCUUCUCUUGUAAAGUUUUUUUUUUUUUUUCUUCUUUCUUAAAUUGUUUUGUCUGCUGAUAUCUGAUUUCCCAUAAAAAAAAGUCAUUACACACAUCAUCCUAACCUUUGUUGUGUCUCACACACCACUUGCAUGAAUGCUUACUAACUGACCUUACACACAGAGGAAACUGACACACACACAUUUACACACAGAGGACACUGACACACACACAUUUACACACAGAGGAAACUGACACACACACAUUUACACACAGAGGAAACUGACACACACAUAUUUACACACAGAGGAAACUGACAGUGUUUCUUACUGAUUUGAGAGAGAGAGUCUCUCUCUCUCUCUCUCUCUCUCUCAUAAUUUUAGUAUUUUUAUUUCAAUUCCCCCAGCUUCCCUACAUUUGGGAGAGCUAGAGUGAAUAAUUUCCCUGGGGAUCAGUGAGGAUCCUUUCCCUGGGGUGUAGAUGGCUGCUGUCAUUUUCACGGGCGUCUUUGUCUGUCCCCUUGCAAACUGUUUAGUGAUGCUGGGGCAGUUCUAGAAGUUAGCCAGCCAGCUGUUGGUGUACCCCCUGCUUUUAGGUGCUCAAAACCAUUGUAUACACUACAGCCUAGUGAAAAAAAAAAGGGGGGAAAUAUGACCAAAGGAUGACGCCAGUAUGCACAAGGCAACACAGGCGAUAAAACAGUCAUUAGUGGUUACGCUGAUUGGAAUCCAAUCUGACAGUGUAUCACUUGAACUGCAGUUCUACCAUAGCUGCGGGUUUCAUUGUAGCCACCACUUCUAAGUACAUACAUAUUUUCUUUAUGGGUUUAUUUACUAAACAACUUUUUAAAAAUCACAUUUACAGUGUAGCGUUCUUUUAAAUGUCCAGAUGUGUGUUUCAAUAUGUAUUUAAUUUUGUAAGCAAUAUUGAUCCAAAUGCAAUCUCUGGUAAGGACUUUUGAAAAAGUGGUGAUCAUAAUAUCCUUGUUUUUUAAGGUUUUAGAAAUGACAAGUGAAAUGUAUUUCAGUUUGAUUUAAAACAAUUAAUUGACCAAAUGUCAUAUUUUUCAGGAUACCCAUUGCCUUUGAUAUACUGUUCCUGAAACAGAAAUGGAAGAGUUUUAUUAACUGGUGUUUGAUGGCUUUAAUAUUGUUUUUGGUGAGUUCGGUAGCAGCUGAGGUUACAAAACUAAAUACACAUAAAGGAAAAAUUUGUAAAAAAUGCAAUUUUUAAAAGGAACAUGAUUUAAAAUUUGGAAAUAUAGGAAGAAAAAAAGAGAGAAAUAAAAAUGCGAUGAUAAAGAAAAUAAUUGAAAAUAUAAAACUAAUCGAUUAAUUUUGAAAAGUAGAUGAAAAAAUAAAUGCAUUAUUAAAGGAGCACCAUAGGGUCAGGAACACAAACAUGUAUUCCUGACCCUAUAUGGUUAUUACCACCAUCUAGCCACCCUGGUCCCCUCAUGCCUCCCUUAAUAUAGUAACAUCUUACUUGUAUUCAAACCUGCAGUUGCUUGUUUUGUCACUGUUUCCUUUAGACCUGCCUGCUGACAUCAUCAGAAGUGGAAGCAUGAUCCAAUCACAAUGCUUCCCCAUAGGAUUGGCUGAGACUGACAAAGAAGCAGAGCCAGCACAAUUCAAAUACAGCCCUGGCCAAUCAGCACCUCCUCAUAGAGAUGAAUUGAAUCAAUGAAUCUCUAUAAGGAAAGUUCAGUGUCUGCAUGCAGAGGGAGGAGACACUAAAUGUUUGGAUGCAUUUUAGGCAGCCAUGACCCAGGAAGGAUCUCUAACAGCCAUCUGAGGAGUGGUCAGUGAAGUUAUCACUAGACUGUAAUGUAAACACUGCAUUUUCUCUGAAAGACAGUGUUUACAGCAAAAAGCAUGAAGGUAAUGAUUCUUCUCACCAGGACAAAUUCAAUAAGCUUUAGUUGUUCUGGUGACUAUAGUGUCCCUUUAAUUCUUGAGAACCACGCAACAUUUUUUUUUUUUUAUAUAUAUAUAACACAGCAUUUAUUUCAGAAAAUGUCACACAUUUUCACAAAACUGGCUCAUUUCCUCUUUUAAUUUUCCGGAAGUGAAAUUAGACCUCUGGGAGCAGAGCGGUUAAUGUGAAUCAUUUCAUAACGAAACACUACGUGUUCAGACUCCAGGAACCAUGACCACUUCAAAUCAGUGAAGUGGUCCUGGUGCUUGGAGUAACUUUUAAAGGAACACUGUAGCAUUAGAAUUACCUAUCUGUAUUCUUAACGCUGCAGCCCUGAUGCCUUUUAUCAAUUAGGUUUAUCUUUCCAGCCUUGUGCUCAUCUUUCCAGCCUUGUGCAUAAGAGCAUUUCUGGGAAGCUCCCACUCUGCCUUAAUAGAAUGCUCCCCCAGCUGUUCCCACCACCUAUAACCUCCAAUCCAGUUCUAGCAUGAUAUUUAGCACACCGCAAUACAAAAAUAAAGUGUCUCGAUCCUCCUUUUCCUACAGAGCACCACAAUUAUGGAAUAACCUCAGGGACACAGUCAAAUCUUCAUUCAAUCUAAAAUCUUUUAUGAGAUCUAUGGCAAUAUACCUCAGCGCAGAAUGCAUCUGUCAUGGUUGAAUAUAUUUAUUACCUGUUAUUGAUUACAUUUUACAUAUAUAUGUGUGUGUGUGUGUGUGUAUAUAUAUAUAUUUUGCAUAUUAUAUUUUUGUAAUAUUGUAUCCUAUUGUAAUCUCAAUGUAUCCACCCUGGUUAAAUAUUUUAUAAAUAAAUAAAUAAAUGUGUGUAAAAAAAAAAAAAGUAAAAUUAAAGGACCACUAUAGUGCCAGGAAAACAUACUCGUUUUCCUGGCACUACAGUGCCUUGAGGGUGCCCCCACCCUCAGGGUCCCACUCCCGCCCGCCUCUGGGGAGAAAAAAGGGGUAAAACUUACCUUUUUUCCAGCGCCGGGCGGGGAGCUCUCCUCCUCCGAUCCUCCUCCUCUCCUCCCAUUCGGCUGAAUGCGCACGCGCGGCAAGAGCUGCGCGCGCAUUCAGCCGGUCUCAUAGGAAAGCAUUCAUAAUGCGUCUUCUCACUGUGAUUUUCACAGUGAGAAUCACACAAGCGCCUCUAGCGGCUGUCAAUGAGACAGCCACUAGAGGAUUUGAGGGCUGGAUUAACCCAUUUAUAAACAUAGCAGUUUCUACUGAAACUGCUAUGUUUAUAAAAAAAAAUGGGUUAACCCUAGCUGGACCAGGCACCCAGACCACUUCAUUAAGCUGAAGUGGUCUGCGUGCCUAGAGUGGUCCUUUAAAGUAAAACAAAUUACUUAAAGGACCACUAUAGGCACCCAGACCACUUCAGCUUAAUGAAGUGGUCUGGGUGCCAGGUCCAGCUAGGUUUAACCCUUUUUUCUAUAAACGUAGCAGUUUCAGAGAAACUGCUAUGUUUUAAAUGGGUUAAUCCAGCCCUCAAAUCCUCUAGCGGCUGUCUCACUGUGAAUGCUUUCCUAUGGAUUGGCUGAAUGCGCGCGCGGCUCCUGCCGCGCAUGCGCAUUCAGCCAAAGAGGAGGAGGAGGAGAGCUCCUUGUAACGGAUCACCUGGCACCCCGACUGGGUACCUCCGUUAUUAGAUACUCCUAGCGCUUCCUGAGGGCUCCAAGGAUUCCAGCAGACACCAUAACCACUGUAGACGCCUUCCGAGAGCAAGACAGGAACAAGCUCUUAAAAGAGCUUAGAAGUGAUUAUCCAAGGGAGCAUGCAGAGCAUAGCAAUCCCUUGUAGUGAUAUAGCAAUACCCCCAAUAAGAGACAGGACUCUAGAUUGAGGAUGAAGAACAACUCUGGUUUAAUGACACACACUCUGCUUUUAUCCAAUUCUCCCAUGCAAAGGAGACACCCACAGACAAUUAUACAUUAGCCAAUCAAACAAUGGUUACAUCCCACACAUUUCCUCCCCUUAGCCUGAGCGGUAACACAAUUAUCCGUACAGUUUAAAACCUACUUUUUACACAACUUUCAUAACUCUAAAACUUUACAUCCAAUAUUAAUAAAAGUCACAUAUUAUUAAUCAGCACAUUCCAAAUACAAACAUACCCAAACAUCAUUCGAAUCUGUUCAGCCGUUCGGGAGAUAGAUAUGUCACUUUUGACCGACCGCAAGCACAUUUUCAUGCCCAAAACAGUUCCAUGGAUUCGGUCUAUUUUACACAGAGAAAAUGACCAAGUCCCAUUUGAACGAGCGUUCGAAUCUUCAAACGGGACUUAGUCUCCAGCCGCAGUGUCGAAGUUGAGUAGAAGGUACGGGUCAGCGGGGCUUGUGCAAUUGGGUACCCGAAAACAGUUCCAUAGAUUUGGCUUCACACACUGCUGACCGCGUUCGAAUGAGUUAAAAUGGCCGCGGCCACUUCGACGACUUCGGCACUUCGACUGCAUUCGAAGUGCCAGUUUAAAAGUACAAAUCCUUUCUCUGGGAAUUAAAGGGCCAGAAACAGCAUUCUAGAAAUCCAUUAUGCCCAAAUAAGUUCCUAGAAGGGCAAUACAUCCCACGGCCAUAGUCACAGGGCAGGAGGCUGGCAAACAGGCCCCUCCAAAAACCAGUGGCGAGGUCACUUUCGCCACACUCCCCAUAAAGGAGCAUUAGGAACCUGAGGCACAUGCGCAGCACUCACUGCGAUGCGCCUAAAAUUCUUCUAUUGAGAAUCAUUGAACUCUAUGACCAACCAUGAAGCACUGUGCAUGCGCGCAUGACAACAUGGUGUGUUUCAGUAUGAGAAUCUGGAAGUAAGAUUCCUGACUCUCAUACCUAGAGGUUUUGGAGUGGUGUGAAGCCACGCUUCCAAGCCCUCUAACUAGUAAACUAAAAGAGUUUUGGGGGUAGGAUAGAUGGCAGGGCUGCAGGCACUAUAAAAACAUCAAUAAGAUGAAGUUAAGGUGCCUAUAAUGUCCCUUUAAAGGGGGAACUGUAAGUUCCAAGAAUUUUAAUAUUAAGUUAUAUACAUACUUUUUUUUAACAAAUAAGUUGUAAGGUGUGAAAAUGAAAAGUAGAAAUUCACACUACUGUAUUAACCUGUAUAAUCUGAGUUCUUUCAUUGUGGUUGCCGAUCAUUGGUAAACUCCGCCCACUGCACCUGUCAGUCAGCAGAGAGUCAGGAGGAGAAACAUACAUUUCUCCUCAAACAUAAUGUGUACCAUGGCUAUGUGAAAAUAAUGUGUAAUGAAACAAUUUAACAUUGUGAAAUCAAAAGAGGAUCACUGCUCCAUGUUUAAAUUGUUAAGUAGCAUAAAGUAACCAGUCACACACUGGGACCCUCGGGAUCUGCUGCUUCCCAUUCACUAGCCAUCUAGGCUGCGAAAGUAGAUUUUAAAUACCUGAUUUGAGUAGUACAGUCUGAUGUAGGGUUCUUUUAACUCAACCAAUAGCAAAAACAUGCACACAGGAGAAGAUUCUGAAAUGUUUUUUUUUUUUUUUUGUGUGAAAAUAGGUGGCUUACUAUGAAGAAAACUGUCACAUUUUAGAUCACUCUAAAACAUGUGAUCCAAAGAAUGACAGAAUUUAACGCUAUUUUUCAUAAUCCUUAACUUAUGAUAAAUCUCCCCCUACCCCCCUGUGUCAAUACUAGUUGACUACCUUAAAGGAGUUGCUGAAAGCUACGGUAUAUUUUUCUGGUGUAAAUAUCCAUCGUGUUCUCUCUUGUUUUAUCACAGGUUCCUCUGGUGGCUGUUGAUAGUUAUUAUUACGGAAAGCUGGUAAUAGCACCUUUUAAUAUCUUUCUGUACAACGUCUUUACUGAUCAUGGACCCGAUCUCUAUGGUGAGUAAUAUACGGUGUUGUUUUGAUUUGGAAUAAUACAGCGUGGUUUAUAAAUGUGUAGAGAACCCCAAGAUGGCAUUGUCCCCUAAAGGUUAGGGAUAGUGUUACUGUUUAAAUGUUAGUGUAGUGUAAUGUUGAACGGUUAGUGAUAGAGCCACUUUAAUAUGUUAUUAAAGUGCUUGCUAUCUGCUUUACUGUUAAGAUGUACAAAAAUAAAUAGCAGCUCGCAAAACAGAACUAAAUUAUCAGUUCUAUGCUACUAGCCAUUUUUUUUUUUUUUUUUUUAAACUGUCCCUGCACAUGGACAUGUACGAAAAGGAGGAACUUACUUGUGAUCACUUUCCUGUAUGACUUUGUCAGCCUGUCUAGAAGGCAUGCUUCGAAGCACCAACUGAACAGUGAUUAUACUCUGAGUGAUGGUGGUUGAACAACAGAUUUCUACCAUCUUUAAACUGCUGAUUACAUAGCCCACUCAUAGACACAGAUAUUGGCUAUGCAUUUAUUGUAACAGUAAGCUGCUGUUUUCAGACAGAUUGCAGUGACGGUUGGGGUCCAUGGCACACUCCUUGGGCCUGUCUUUUCACUUACCAAUAGAUAAUUUUGAGGCCUGAUCUUAUAUUUGCUAUUACAUUAUAUCUCUAAAGAGUUACUCCAACCUUUUUCACAAUAGACUUCCCUUUGCUGGCACGCUCCGAGCGCUGUCUGCAAGGGCAGAGGCUGAUUAUGUCUGUCUUCAGCACGCAGUGCAUGCCGACUACAGAUGUAAUUUUUGCACCGUUUUAGUGUUGAGCAGCUCUGAACAGAGUUGUGCCAUGGGUGUGACUGGUCCCCGGCACAAAAUUGCAAAUAUAUCUGUACAUACAGCAUUUAAAGCAGAAAUGCUGCACAUACAGAUUCAUUGCUCCAUCACCACUUCUAAAAGCAGAACUUGUCAAGGAGCCUGGAGUAGCCCUGUAAAUAAAGGUUGGUAGCUUCAGUUUAGCUGGCAUGCUGCAUUUUUAUAUAGCAACCACUAGAUGCCGGUGUUCCCUUGCAGUUAAUUUCAUUUUCAACUGCUGCUAGAGCACCCCUUUAACCCUUGUUAUUAUGGAAAUUAUAUUCAUCUUAAUUUAUGUACACAUCUCUACAGCCUCAUUUAAAGUGCACCUGUUUUCUAAAAACAUUUUUAUUGUGAUUAAUAGUAUAUGAAAACAUGUCUCUAUAAGAGUUUAUUAAAUAAAUAUAAAACACACACAAACAGUCCUGUCAUUUUUAAGAUAUGCUGUAAUAAAGGCUUAUUAUUCUUAACGGUGUUAGGUGAAGCUUGUUAUUAUUAAUGCCGCCUGGAGAAUAUCCGUAAUAUAAUUGUGUUCUGUAUCAGGCGGAAGGGAUAACAUUUUACUUUUAUUUAUUCAUUUUAACUAACCCAAAAUGACUUUCUGUGCUUAUGUGUAUACCCUGCUAGGAUCCUAGAUAUAUUUCAGUAGGCUAUAUAAGAGUUAAUUUUCACUGCACACAAUGCCAUUGUUUACAGCAAUCUUAUGGUCAAUGAAAAAAACGACUUCUUUGUGAAAAGAGUGCAGUGUCAACACUUUAGAAAAGGCUGUCAAGUCGGAUAUUUUCUAUAUAAUAGAUGUGUAAAUCCUAAUAUGUUUUUAUAGAUAUCUGUUAAGAUUCUGCAAGAAAUGCCAUACCAUUGUUUUGUGGGGUUCUAGAAAUCCAGACUCUACAAUGUAUCACUAUAUGUGAUGCCUUAGAAGUUGAAGCACUGUUAUAUGGGCUUAUUGCCAUCAUAUAGACUGCACUUGUCAUGCUCAGUGAAACCGUUUUUCCUCUGUUGUGAAUUUGCUCACUGACUAUGUCAAUAGAAGUCAUGUAAUAAGAGAUCUUUUAGCAUUUCCAUGAGAGAUCCUGCUUUGCACUGCUGAUUCCCAUAGACCUCCCGAGUUAAUCCAUGGUUUAGUAAAAGUGCCAAAUUUUGAGAUUUUGCUUGAUUAGAUUGACUAGAAUAGAUUGAUUUCUUGCUUCUCUAUCUAAUUAGCACACCAAUUGAAAUUACUCACAGAAAAAUGUACAAGUUCAAUAUCAGAGAUAUGAUGAAAGCUUUCACAGUGUUGUGCUUUCCUUGGUCAGGAUAUGUGGAUGAUCUUGAUGUAACACGAUGGGAUUAUUACAAAAAUAACCAAGUACAUAUAUGACAAUAUCCAUAUCAACCGAAUGCCCAAUUUUCUGCCCAUACACACACAAAAAAAGACUACUUUUUGGAGUGAAAACAUUUUAGUGACCAAGUGGUUAAACAUUUUUUUAUUUUUUUUAUUACCGGUGUGAAAGGAGUGUUUUGGAACUCUGAGUGGGCUAUUCACCUAUCCUUCUGUUUUACAGUGGAUGAGAUUGAAGCCUGGCUUUUAAAUGCAGAUAUCUUUCUGUAACCUGUACUGACAGCUUCUAAGCUCAUAAUUGACUUUCAGAGUGAUUACAGAAUUACAUGAAAUGGCAGGUAGAGUUCGUUCCUGGACUAGCUAAUCGCACCAUUUAACUGGUUAUCGUGGCAAUCAACCAGUAAUUGUCACAAUUUUAGUACAUUAUGUGAGUUCAGGGCACUUCAUUCCUACCAUGUACCCUAGAUGUCACUAGUUACAAUGGGAUUAAAAAUGGAUUUUUCCUCGCUCUGUCUGUCAACAUUAUAGCUUUGAUUACUAAUUCUGUUACGUCAAACUAAUCUAAACGAUCUGUGGCCCGUAACCAUAAAAUCUUGGACAGCACUUCCAAAAGCACUUGACGUCAUUGUUUUAUAGGAUGCAGCUUUUUUAGGAUAUAAAAUAUUCGGCCAUCUCUGUAAAUACAUCGGACAACACGCAGAUAUAUAGAUUAUCUCAUAUGAUGUGAUUAUUACAGCCUUACCUACGUGGAAGAAAAUUGCUUGGGGUUGGGGGUACAGGGAAAUUAACCGUUUUGUUGCCAGAUUUACUGGUCUGUCUAGAACCAACUGGAUAGGUAAGGUUUACAAUAACUCCCAAUAACACGCCUUUAAACAUGAAUCAUUGCAGUUACCCCCCUCCAUUUUACAGGCCCCCUUGCGUCAGCAGUUCACUUAUCUUUUCCUGCUAUGACGCAUUGAGCCUUUCAAAUUCAGCUUUGCUAUGCGUCAGGAAUAACUCCUGAUUAUGACCCAGUGUCUAGAUAAAGGCUGCUUCUGCUUUUUAAUCAGAAUAGUGUUGAGGUGGUGAGAGUACUGCGUGCAUAUGCCAAAAUGUAAAUAUUGGCCUUUAGCAAACCUCGUAUUACCACCUUCUCUAAGAAAGCCUGAAAUCCUACAUUUAGGGUUAUUUCACAAAAUAUGUAUUCAUUUCUCUAUUUGCCAACAAUACUAUCACAUGUUCUUUUCUUUUUAGUAUUUUUUGUAACUAUGUAUCCAAAGAACAAGACAUUUAUAUUUUCGGUUCCAAAAUAAUCCAGAUCAGAAUCGAGAAAGUGUCUGGAUUUUUACCAAAUUACUUGCAAAUAUCAAUGCUGUGACUGCAGAAUUACACCAUUUUAUUUUUGGUACAUUGUUUCUACACACAGGUUAAUAAGCUUUAUAAAUAUUAAUAAUAUUUAAAGAAUCCAGCUUUCAUGCUGCCCUUUAUAUAAUGUAAUUGUGCGAGCCCGCUAAAGUCUACCUUCCUUUAGAGAUUUUGAGAUAGGUGCAAUUUUUGUUUCAAAAAUAAAUUCAUAGCCAUUUCUACCUAAAAUGUUGCAACAUUUGAAAAAAUAUAAAUUGACUGCCAUUACAUUGAUGUACUUGUAUGAAGCCUUCAGAAUGAAUUAACAUGACAAGAAUGAGAUCAAAUCUCUCCAUACAGGAGAAGUACUUUUUAAAUCAAGUCCUAUUUCUUUGCAGCUAAAUGCGUCUUAUCAACACUCUUUGAUUUCUCAAAGCAAUGUUGUAUUCAUGGUAACCUGAUGUUGUUUAAAAGCAUAAAAAAAAAAAAAAAAAAGUGUGAUGUGACACAAAUUCUACAAAUUAAUUAGGAUUGUUAAUGCUGUCUGCUGAAACUGAAAAUGACUGCAUGGCCCCUAAUGAAUCCUGACUCAAUGUAAUAAUGGGUGCCGUGUUAUAAACGAGGCACACCGGGGAGCUGUGCUAAACAACAUUAAUUGCAUAAAAACCGUCAUCUAAACCCAAUCAUAGGAGAUCCAGGGAAGGAGAAAUUAUGCUUAGUAUAAUUUAGAUCCCAUUAUCUUAUUCUUGUUAUAUAUAUUAUAUGUACAGGGCUCAACAUUUCCAUCAGCUAUUGGUGAGUGAAAAGUUAGCCCUGACAAAUAGUUAACCCCUGGUGAAUGAGCUUGUACCCUCUGGGCUUGCAGGGGUGAUUAAUGUUUAAGGCCUGGCUAGUAAUAGCCUGAUUGAAUAGUCGGGACUAUUUUGUGUUAUGUAUUUUCCUACACUUUGCAAUCUGAUUAAGAAAAGCUUCACCCUUUGUUAGCUUGAGAAAGGAAGUGAUGCUUGCCUUAAGCUCCAACAUUUUAUCAUAACAAGUGUAGGAAAGAUACAUAAAACAAAGUAUGUUUUAAGGAGAACUUUGCUGCCCUGUUGUGUUUUUGUUCCCCACCUCCUCUAGACUGUAACCACGUUUGAGCAGGGCCCUCAUCUGCCAAUUGUUCCUGUGUCACUGUGUAAUAGUCUCAUUUAUGGUAAAAUUCUCCCCCUUUCAUAAUAUUGUAAAGCGCUGCGGAAUUAGUUGGCGUUAUAUAAAUACCAAUAAUAAUAAUAAUAAUAAUAAUAAAGAAAAGAAGAACAGAUAGGGGAAGAGAAGAGAAAACAAUAGGAGAAACAAAUGGUAAUGUUAAAAUAAAGCACAACGCAUUGCACAUGACAAGUUAUUACAAAACUCCCCAUGUGAUCGUUCCACUUUAUGUUUCUGAGUAGUGCAUGUGCUUAGAGAUGUAAAAAUAUGGAAGUUGCUGGCACAAUGUACGUGAUUAACACCUAUUUGAAGUAAUAUGGUAAAUCGAUUCCAUAGCUUUUUUGGGCAGUUGGUAGCAGAAUAUAAAAUAAUAGUUGCUGAAUUUGAAUGGUCAAAGAUCGGUCACUGAUGUCAAGGGUAGCUCGAAAUAUUUGUGACAUGUACUAUCUUUCUGUUUUGGCUUAUAUACAAGCCUGUAGAUCUACUCAUCCUUCCCCUCUCCCUCCCAGACCCUCUCUUUAUUCUCCCCCCCCCCCUCCUCCCCGUCUCACUUCUCUGUACGCUGUACCCUUUUUAAGUGGCAUUGAUUGCAGCAAAUUGCUGUAGCUGGUAGCAGCUGUCACAACACUGCAGUGAUUAAGAGCAGCGCUUGUGAUUUCCCGACUGAUUGCAUUGAUCAGAUCGGGGUGGAGGGAGGGGGGAGUGGAUUAUGAAGGGAGGAUAAUAUCUUGCUGUUCACAUCCGCAUGGAAGUGUUGUUCAUUUUUUAACCCUAUUCAUGCCACCACCUGCAGGUUUAUUCACUAUAUUCAAUAAACAUUGAAUCGUUUUCGAAUGACCAGGGAAUUUCUAAUUUUACACUGAAAUAAGUGACUUCUAAAAAUUCUCUUGCUCUGAUCUUUCCUUCCAUACAGUCCGUUUCGACGUGUAAAAUUCCUUGUUCAAUCACAGACAAUUCACAGUUUAAAUAACCCUCACUUAUACAAAAUAAAAACUUGAUAUCCUAUGCAAAACAGAGCUGCUACGGCUGGUGGAAUGCUAGUUUUAGGCAACAAAAAACAAGAACGUACAAUGUUAAUCACUAAAGUGUGAAUAGGCAGGAAUUCUAAGUAAAUCUCAAAUUUCAGGCCAAAGUAUCUGGACUAGAAAAAUUCUCUAAGUUAGCAAUAUUUUCAGUUUAUCAAUUUUGGCCUAAAAAAAUUAAUUCACUUUGAAUUCUGAACAAUUCACGUUUUAGUGAAGAACCCCAAGUAGGGUAAGAAAUAGUCAUAUAUAAGAUGCUGAAUUGCUUCUGUCUGAAUGGCAUGUUAAGAGACAUAGUGAUGUGGUAGGUUACUAUAAUAUAACUAUAACAUUUCUUAUACCCAGAUAAUCUUCUGUGUGCCCAAUAAUUAAAUAUUGUCUUAUGUGCUUGGUAAACAAUGUACGUGGUCAUACGCUAAUUUUGAUUGGAAAUAUUGACCGCAUAACAUAAAAAACAAACCAUUAUUGAACCACAGCGUCUUCUGUAGGUUAUAAACAUACUUGCAGUCAUUUUAUUUUCAGUGUUUACAUAAAGGAACACUCCGGACACCAUAGUAACCACAGUAGCAUGUCGUUGGCUUAACCUCAACGCCAUACAGCUCAAUACUGCUUGAUACUGAUUCACAAAACUGCCUGAGAAAAAUGGUUCUCAAGCCAUUUUGUGAAUGGGGUGCUACUGAUCAGCUGAGAGUGUCAGCUGACACUCUCAGCCUCUCAGUGGCACCAGUUCAAGGGACGCAUGCAAAAAUGGAGGUGGCAAGGCUGAAAGGAGAAAAGACAUUGAGGCUAAACCUUCAGUUUUAAAACCUUCAAGGUAAGCAACCUCCUGGUAUCAUAGCAACUUCAUUCUGAUGAUGAUUCUUUGAUGGUUUUAAAGGAACAAUAUAGGGUUAGGAACACAAACAUGUAUGUAUUUAUGUUAAAACACUAUCUGGCCCUUCCUGCUCCACUAAAUAUAGUAAAAUCUUUUACCUUUAUUCCAGUCUGCUGCUGCUAACUCUGCUCCUGUUCUGCCUGCUUGGCUGACAUUAUCGAAAGUUAUGAUCUGAGCCAAUCACAGUGCUUUCCCAUAGGAUUGGCUGAGACUGACAAAGAGGCAGAUAAGGGUCAGAGCCAGCAUAAGCCAAACACAGCCCUGGCCAAUCAGCAUCUCCUCUUACAGAAGAAUUGAAUCAAUGAAUCUCUAUGAGGAAAGUUCAGUGUCUGCAUGCAGAGGGAGGAGACACUGAAUGUCAGUCAGGAAACUCCUCUAGCAGCCAUCUGAGGAGUGGCCAGUGGAGGUAUCCCUAGGCUGUAAUGUAACCACUGCCUUUUCUCUGAAAAAAACUGUUUAAUGCAAAAAGCCUAAAGGGGCUGAUUAUACUCACCAGAACAAAUACAAUAAGCUGUAGUUGUUAUAGUGACUAUAGUGCCCCUUUAAAUAUUUUAAAAAUUAUUUCUAUCUGCAGGCCUAUGCAGACAUGCUUCUCAUAUUAUAUAUUUUUUUUUAAAAUCAUUCAUAUAAAUAUUAGCAUAGUUUUAGAAGAAAAAAAAAGUAAACAUUUUUAAUGAAAAGCAAAAAAGUUAAAUUUUGAUGUGAUAAUUUAAACCUGUUAUUUCAAGAAUACAUGUAGUAAUGAUGCAAUCAAAUCCAAAGAAAAGAAAAAUGUUUAGAAACGAAAAUAGAUCUACAGUAUACUUCUUAUUUCAAGGGCCACAUAAGUGGGCGAAAGUAAAAAAGCAGGAAAGGUUUGGUAGGAAAAACAUGAUUAUUAUGGUACUAAUUUAUCUAAAGUCUCUGUAGGAGUUACCAAAGAAAAACUAGGUUGCCCAAAAACUUAAAGGGUUACUCCAAGUAUCAUAGACACUACAGCCCACUGUAGAGAUUAUGAUGGUUGGUAAUAGAGGGGUUAAACUCCGUAUGCGCAACGUUUCAAAGCGAGAUAUAGCACAUACCAACUCCUGGCUCCUUGACCACCUCAAGAUGGUGUUUGGCAUAAUCGUUUGAAUGUCUGAUGUUUUUUGUUUCGGAUAUUAUUUAUUUUAUUAUAUCGCAGAGAUAAAUAAUAUUUUAUUGUGUAUUAAAAUAGGAGAAUAUUGCUGAAUGAUUGGGAGUACAAAGAUAAUUGUAGCUUAUUCAAUAAACCUGUCAUUAUAGAUAGUUGACCAGGGUGUUAGCAAAUGUUUUAAUGAAAAAUGACGGUGAAGUAAAUGGAUCCAAUUCAUCUAUCUUGUGUUAAAUUUUCAAUUUCCUUGUCAUGUCUCUUUCAUUCCCUGUUUAGUGGGGGGGGGGGAAAUGCAAGAAGUCAUACUGUAUUUUUAAGAACUGUUACUGCCAUUUGUGUUGUUUAAUAUGUGCAAGGAUAGACUAUUUUAUUAAAAAUAACACACGCAACUGUUAGCCCAUUUCAAAUUUUAGUCAAAUCUAAGGUACCAAGACAUAGAUGGAGAAUGGCAAGAUGUGGUGGCAAAAGCUGUUUGAAGCUCUGAUUUUUGCCAGAUAUUGGCCUCUACAUGAGACAAAGUAGCAGAUAUCGCUUGAUCAUGUUAGAUUCCAUCGCAGUCUAAAUCAGGAUUUUGUACAGAUUCUAUCAGUGCUGCUUUAAGCUGUUAAUAUUUCCUGAGGGCUGCACCUGUUGGUUUGGCCUCUCGGGAUGUGCGCAUGCAUAUGCAGCACAGUGCUCUUAAUUGCUUCCGGAAGCAUAGUCAGUUCUGUCAGCUUGUGUCUUGGGGGCUUUAAUCACACUGAAGUGUGCUCCAAUGCGUUCUUCCACCCUGGAGACGUGAUUACUCUUGUUUUCUAAAGCACAAUGAUUUGAGAGGCUAAUAAUCAUAUUUUUGGCCCGUGGCUGUCCUGAACGCUGUCAUGGUCUAACAAUACUAUGUGUGCUCGUUGCUUCCUUACAGCAAGCACAACAAUAUAACAUUUUUUUAAACAUUUUUGCACAUUUCAUAGGAUCAGGAAAGAUCUGAAUUGACGUUUAAUUUUAGGUGUGUAAGUGGGGUGUGGUUAGGGGCGGGGGUGUUCGGGAAAAUGUUAGGUGAUUUACUAAUAAAACUUUAUGCAACUGAAAUGUAAUUUGAAGAUUUGAUUUCUAAACAGAUUUUUUUGUAGUUUAGAGACAUCUUAGUGGGAGUUUUAUUGCUAUGGAGCUCUGUUACACACUCAGACACAUUACUGGGAGUAUUAUUGUUGUGGAGCUCUGUUAUACACUCAGACACAUUACUGGGAGUAUUAUUGCUGUGGAGCUCUUUUACACACUCAGACACAUUACUGGGAGUAUUAUUGUUGUGGAGCUCUGUUAUACACUCAGACACAUUACUGGGAGUAUUAUUGCUGGGGAGCUCUGUUAUACACUCAGACACAUUACUGGGAGUAUUAUUACUGUGGAGCUCUGUUGUAGACUCAGACACAUUACUGGGAGUAUUAUUGCUGUGGAGCUCUGUCAUUUACACUCAGACACACCGACAAUAUAGCACUCCAAGAAAAGAGGGACAUUAGGAGAGAAAAGAGGGACAGAGGGAUUUUACGGGAUUGUCCUUCCUAAAUAAGAACACUUGGUCCAUCAUUGUUUGGGAGUAGUGUAUGUGUGAAUUUAUUACACUGUUAAUGUAACUGAAAAUGGUGUAUAUAAAAUGUGUGACAUUGUCAAUGUAAUUCUCUAAAAUGAGCAUUUGUGGAAAUUCAAAGUACAUUUUAUAAUGUAGAGCAAAAUAGCUGAUCUGAAAACCUUGCUGACGUGGAGAACUUUUCCGGUUUGCUGCACAGAAUUGACAUUACUGUGCUCUGAUGCUCCAAUUACGCUGGCAGAUAUGGAGUUAGAACUCCAGCAGCCAAGGGGUUAAUCUCUGUAUGUGCAGAGCUUCAAAGCAAAACACUGCACAUGCAGACUCCAGGCGCUAUGACUGCUUCAAAUCACUGAAGUGCUCAUGGUGCAAGGAGUAACCCUUUAAAGAGAAAAGUCAGAUCACCGAGGAAAGUUCUGAGCUGUGAGUGUCACGAGUGUUUGAUUUCUGGUGUGUUCUAAUUGUAAGAUUUCAUUGAAUUCAUGCUCUCAUUACUUGUUUGAAGACUCGUAACUUAAGUUGAAGUGAUAAUGAAGGGCCCUUCUGUACAAAGCAGAACGUGAACUCUAAUGAAAACAGCCGGAGUUUAAAUACCGUUUAAUAUACGGACAUGUUCUGCUUGUAGAUAUGCCUGAGUUAGCACGCUUGAUAUCUUCCAGUGCACCUUGGGUACUCCGAUGUCUUGCUAUGAGUGGUACCUGCAAAAACUGUAUUGUUUUUCCAGAAGUAAUUUGCAGGUUUAAAAUCUUCAUUAUUUUCGGAUUGGCUAAGGCAUCAACCCUGGCUUAAAGGGACACACUAAGUACCAAAACCACUUCAUCUUAAUGCAGAGAGGCUGCCUUUUUUGUCUGGUGAUGCAAAAGAGCCAUAUCUAAGAAGUGGUAGUGUUUACAUUUUGCCUGAAACAGGCCUGUAGUGCAUGUCAGACACACAGCCGAUUACAGGCACCUACUCUUUUAAACCUUCGGUUUUAGAAGAUUUUUCCAUUCAGCAUUAGCAAACAGUAUGAUAAAACCAAACAUCACUAUUGUCUGGUAGAAAACCAAUAAAUAUUGUGAUUCACUAUGAGAAAUUGAGCAUUUACUGGAUAUAAAAAGUCAUCAGAACUGUGACCUUAUUGGAGGAGGAGGAGCGGCGGGAUGCUGCGUCUUGGAAUGCUGCAAUGUUUACAGUACUAAGACUGCCUCUAGUGGCUUUCUACAAGACCGCACCUAGAGACCCUUCCUGGACCUGUGCAGACUCUGAGUGUCUCAAACGAUGCUGGAUGUCCACGUCACCUGCUUGAGGAUGUCCAGUGUCUGUGAAAUUAUCAAAGGCACUUGCCAUGCAUGCACAUUGGAUCCCCCCCCAUUGGAUGACCUCCCUGGUGGAGGUGAGCCAGAGGGCACUAUAGUGUUAGGAAUACAACAUCCUACCACAAACUGUUUCACUUUAUUCACAUAAUUCCAAUCCUCUUUUAAGACGAUCCUCAUUUAUUCAUUUUACCUUGGUACCAGUGCCCUUUUUACACAAGUUGUCCCUUUAUACCAUUAGGUUACCGUGUUCCUGGGACAAAAUGGGUGAGGGGACUGUAUCUGGCACAGAGAUGACCUGGGUUACCGUGGCACUAAUACGGAAUAAUUACACCUACUUAAAUGACUGCAACUUUUCUGUGCUGGAUUGUCGUAAUUGAGCAUUGAAAAGUAUAUUGAAAAGCUGCAGUUCUAGAAAUGUGUGAUACACUGUUAAAACAAUUACCUGAAGUUCAGAUUACUUAUUCACAGUGUAGUUUGAAUGAGCCGAUGCAUACAGAUAUUUGAAUGACGUUUAUUUAUCGACUUCCUUUUUUGUUUACAGGAACAGAGCCUUGGCAUUUCUAUUUCAUCAAUGGCUUUCUGAACUUUAAUGUGGUCUUUGUAAUGGCUCUCUUUGUAUUGCCUCUAACGGCCUUGAUGGAACACUUGCUGCAGAAGAUAAAUAGUAAGAAAUUACUCAAUGUUAAAUUUGUUCUCUGGUGAUACCGUCCCUGACAAUGGCAGUAACCUGGAUGUGUUUUCUGAUCGGAACCUUCUAACACUGUGCUGCCCAACGACAAAAAUUAAAUGAAUAAAAAAUCACUGUUUCGUAAAUAUACCUCAAAUGAAUAUAUGCAUGCAUUUCAUUGGAUGUAUAGAUAUAAACAAUCUACCAAAGCUGCAGAUCUCUUCCCCAGCCCAGGCUUUCUGUGGCUGUCCAAUUACAGACCUCCCAAUACAGCUCAAUGAGAAGUCUUUGCAAAGCAGUUGCUCUGUGCAGUUGCCUGAAGCCGGAGUUUAGCUCCACUGAGCUAACCAAACCAGGAAGUAACAGUAAGACCUGUCCUCUGCUUGAAAGUCAGAGUGUGUUAAAAUGUUAUUUAUAAAAGUAUCACUUUUUAUUGAACACUUUUUUGUAAAAUGAAGACUCUUUAAACAUAAAGCAUUUCAUUAAGAUAAAGUGCUUUAGAGGCCAGAAUGUCCCUUUAAUCUGGAGGCCGUCUGAGUAAUGAGAUUACUUUUGUGGAAGUAUAAAAGACUCUUACCUCUGCCACCCUGCCUAGUGUGAGUGACUACAUUGCUCUGUGAUGCUCCAAGAAUUCUUACAUUCGUGCUUGUACAUUCCUUCAAUAGUGUAGAACGCUCUUUUACACAACACAAUGGUGGUUAUUAGACAUAACAUACUUUGUCUGUUGGCAUUCAAUGUAAAUAUUAACUCCUUGAGGACCGAUGACGGUUCAGGACAGUCAUCGGAAACAUCCCCUCGAGGACCAAUGACUGUCCUGAACCGUCAUAACGGUCUUGGGGUACUCACCCGGUCCAGGUCCAGGGAGACUGCCUGUCUGCACAGACAGUCUCCCUGUGGCAGAUCAGGACCCCGCGGCCACAUGAUCACUCGAUCACAUGACCGCAAUAGGUGCCUGUGUAUCUGCCUGCAGGGGGCCUGUCUGUGCUGACAGGCAGUCUCCCUGCAAGUGGAAAAUCACAAAGUUAAAAAAACAUUCAAUCAGUGUAAAAAAAUAAAUGUGUGUGUGUGUGUGUGUGUGUGUGUGUGUGUGUGUGUAUAUAUAUAUAUAUAUAUAUAUAUAUAUAUAUGUAUGUAUGUAUUAUACCUAUAUAUAAUAUGUAUAUAUAUAUAUUUAUAUAUACAUAUAUAUAUAAAAAUAAAAUUAUAAUUAAAUUACACACGUGUGUGUAUAUAUAUAUAACUAUUGUGUAUAUAUAUUAUAAAAUAUAAAUAAGUAUAUAAAAAUAAAUUAAAAAAUGUUAAAUUUUUAAUAAUUUAAAAAAAAUUAUAUAUAUAUAAUUUUAUUCGAACAGUAUUUUGAUAUAUAUAGCUAUGUAUAAAUAAAUAAAAAUAAUACGAAAUAUACAUAUGUCCAUAUACAUAAUUACAUAAAUAAUGUUAUAAAUAUACAUGUAGACUUCAGAUAUAUAAAUAUGUAUAUAUAUUUAAAUUCUACGUGCAUAUUUAUGUAAUAUUAUUACAUAAUUAAGUAAUUUUAUUGAUUGCAAUUUGGGGGACAUGCCUGAGAACCCAGGCCGAAAGUCCAGAGAAUUUAAUUUGGUAGCACUGUGUUUAACCCUGUAACUUUCUAUGACACCCUAAAACCUGUACAUGAGGGGUACUGUUUUACUCAGGAGACUUCGCUGAACACAAAUAUUAGUCUUUCAAAACAGUAAAACAUAUCACAGCGAUGACAUGGUCAGUGAAAGUGACGUUGUUUGCAUUUUUCACACACAAACGGCACUUUCAUGAUAUUGCUGUGAUAGGUUUUACUGUUCUGAAACACUGUUAUUUGUGUUCAGCGAAGUCUCCUGAGUAUAACAGUACCCCGCAUGUAGAGGUUUUAUAGUGUUUUUGAAAGUUACAGGGUCAAAUAUAAGGCUUGAUUUAAAAAAAAAAAAUUAUUGAAAUUUGUCAGAUUGGUAAUGUUGCCUUUGAGAGCGGAUGGUAGCCCAGGAAUGAGAAUUGCCCCCAUGAUGGCAUACCAUUUGCAAAAGAAGACAACCCAAGGUAUUGCAAAUGGGGUAUAUUCAGCCUUUUUUAGUAGCCACUUAGUCACAAACACUGACCAAAGUUAGCGUUUUUUGCAUUUUUAACACACAAACAAAUAUAAAUGCUAACUUUGGCCAGUGUUUGUGACUAAGUGGCUACUAAAAAAGACUGGACAUACCCCAUAUUGAAUACCCUGGGAUGUCUACUAAAAAAUAUGUACAUGUGGGGUGUGAUUCAGGGAUUUAUGACAGAUAAUAGUGUUACAAUGUCACAAUUGCUAAAUGUAAAAAAUAUAUACUGUAUAAGCCGAGUUUUUCGGCACAUUUCUUGUGCUGAAAAAGCCCCACUCGGCUUAUACUCGAGUCAGUGUCUUUAUUAUGGCAACUUACAUUGCCAUAAUACAGACCAGGACUGCCAGGCUCAUUACAAGCCCGGUGGUCCUGUUGGGGGCUGGCCGCGAGCUCUUACUUACCUUUGUAGCAGCUCUGGUCAGCUCUCUGUCGGCUCCAUGCAGCUCCCAGUUCAGCUCACAGUGUAAGUCUUGCGGUGUGCGUGCUGCUUUUAAAAAGUAAAAUAUAUGACAUGAUACAAAUAAUGGCAUGUAAAGAAAGCCCUUCUUGUCCUGAAAAAAACCAAUAUAUAAUUUGUAUGGGAACCGUAAAUGAGAGAAAGGAAAAUUACAGCUAAACACAAACAUCACAAAAGUGUUAAAACCGCUCUGGUCCUUAACGUACAACAUCGCAAAAACAGGCCGGUCCUUAAGGGGUUAAAAAGAAAACUAUUGUAUCUUAUUUGUUUAUUUUUUAUUUUUAUCUUUUAAAAGGCACAACCGAUAGCUUAACUUUAAGUGUGUUGUUUUCUGUUUGUUUUUUGCCUGGCUGUUCUUUAUUAACAAUCCCAUGUAAUUUAUUUAGCAGUUCAGAACCUUGGAAGACCGUAUUGGCUGACAUUGGCGCCUAUGCAUAUCUGGAUUCUUAUUUUCUUCUCUCAACCUCAUAAGGAGGAGCGAUUCCUGUUUCCCAUCUAUCCUCUGAUCUGCCUCUGUGGGGCUGUGGCUCUUUCGGCACUACAGGUGAUGUACAGUUCUUCUUCCAGUACCGUUGGUCCAUUUAUACGUGCUUAUCUUAUAUGGCUUAUUUUGAGUUGUAAGAAGAACAGAGCUCCGGGCUAGCAGUCCAUUUGUAACAUGAAUUAAAGCAAACUGCUGUUAACAUCUGUAAUAAUAGUUCAGUGCUGUGAUCAAUAUUCAUUAGUCUGCAGAUUUUGGGCCUCCAAACGCAAUAUUGCUCAUGUAUUCAAAUCAAUCUUGGACAACAUAAUUUGAAGCUGCGUAUUGCCUGUUUGUUGUAGAACAUCUAGUCUCACACUGUUCGACAUUUACAUAUACUGUUUAAUAAAACAUUCAUAAUAAGUUUACCUGUAUCGUGUGAAACAUGCAUAGGGGAGAAGGGGGUUAAUUCGUUUUUCCCAAGUCUGAUAGAAGGCAUUAUAUCAAAUUCAUCAUCCAUGCUUGUAAAGUCGCUUCACACAUGGAAAUAGGAAUCCUGAAAGAUAUAUGAGAACAUCCUUUAAAUAUGUACUGAGCUUUCUUGUGACCAGUUCAUUGUCAGGGCAUUACAACAGGCAAACAGUCAUCCACUGAGACUUGAGGACAGGAGAUUUUACCUACAGCCGCAGAAAUGAUUGAGUACAGUAGAAACCAUAAAGAUUUGGAAUUCAAUUUCUAGAAAGGUUGCUUUAUGAAUGUUAGUAGAUUCCUUUAAAACUAAUUUGGAUGCUUUCGUCAGGACAACUGGUUGUGUCAGGCUAGUGUUGUUAAUCUGGAUAUUUUUUUCAAUAGCUUGUCAAUCAAAUAAGAUACAACUUCCUUGGUGAUUAACAUUGUUAAGGCUAACAAAGCAUUAUUGGAGUUGUAGUUUACAUCAUUUAGGGAAAUCUACCUUUUAGAUACAAAACAAAAACUUAAAAAUUCAAUAGCUGGCAACCACUACUUAACCAGGAAGCUGCUCCUUCGAUCAGAUAUCUCUGUUCAGAUCUGACCUUAUCCCAUCAACCACUGUCUAGCAAGGGCAUUGAAUAGGUAGCACCCCCAGCUUAUCACAUAUGCCUCCUAUGCCUGAUAUUAAUGCAAAUGGUUAUGAUGCUUAGGGUGACCCUUUGACAAUGCUAACAUGUUAUUUUAUGCUAUAUAGUAUAUAGCUGCAACUAAAUCACUUUUUGUGUUUUUGAUUUCUUUUCUACUUUUAGAAAUGCUACCACUUCUUGUUCCAGCGAUAUCGAUUGGAACAUUAUACGGUCUCUUCCAAUUGGCUGGCACUGGGAUUUGUUUUCCUGUUUGGCCUUCUAUCCUUAUCCCGUUCCAUAGCUUUAUUUAGAGGUGGGUAAACGAAAGUGUUUGGGAAAUGUUCCAAAAAUGAACAUACAAGCCACGUGCUAUGCUUUAUAUCACGAACACACACAGCCACUGACAGUCCAGAUACAUCAAAAACACAGAAUGCUCUGCCAAUAUUAUACAGUUCCCAAAUAAGAAAAGAGAUAACGUAUAUACACUGAAGGUCAGGUGAAGAUAGAAUGUGUUUAAUAAUGUAUGACAUAUCCAGUAUUUGAGUAAACCUUACAUUCUGGGAUCCUCGCCUAUAUGUAUAAUUUUGAUUAACUUAUAUUUGUAGCAGAGUUUGGAAAUCUAUAAUUCCUUGUUAAAAAAAAAGGUUACAAAAAAUGUUUUUUGCUGUUUAACAUGUCAGAUAGUCUUGUCUCUGUCAUUUCAUGUGACCCUCCACAGCAGCCUGUCUAAACGACUAACAUGUUAUAGCUCAUCUUAAUUAAUAUCCGUGUAAGUAGAGCUGUCGUUUACCUCUCAUUGCGGGAAAUGGAAUCGUCAGCAGUGAUGCCAAGCAUUGACUGUCACUGCUUUGCGAUAUUUGUUAGAAGAAUAUAGAAGCACUGUAGACAAAAUAUGUUCGUAGAGGCUCGAGUGUGCUGCUUCUUUUUUCUAUUUAUUUUAACCAUUUUUUCCAGGUUACCAUGGGCCUUUGGACCUGUAUCCUGAAUUCCACCGGAUUGCCAAAGAUCCCUCUUUUCACGUAGUGCCAGAGGGCAGAUCAGUCAAUGUGUGUGUAGGAAAGGAAUGGUACCGUUUCCCUAGCAACUUUCUUCUUCCAGACAAGUGAGUUCACGAUUUUAGAGUAGCCUUUCCAAGCCAUUUUGUCAUUGAAGCAAUGUCCUUAAUCAAUCGGCAUGUAAAAUAGGUGAAAUAGGUGCUCAGUGUAAAGUUCUGAUCUAUUUUAUAUCUGUUUUGUCUGACUCCCCAUAGAUUUUUAGUACUGCAUAGCUCUUUACUCAAAAGUUACUAUGUUCUCCUCUACUGGAGUCACUGGUUCUGCAGGUGGAGUAGCCGACAACAGAUACCUUGUAUCGUGGCCCCUGAUCAUAUGCUAACUUAUGUGUUUCUAGCCUAAUUUUGUUUUUACUUUUAGCCCUACAAAAAGUGCCAACAGUUCAUGAUAAUAGUGAUCCUAAAAAUAAAAUGUAAAAUGCACCCUUUUUUUUGGGAAGGGGGGGAAUUUUUGUGUGUGUUUUCUUUUCAGUCACCUUAGUAGCCCACCCAACACAACAAUGAUGUGUAUUUAAGAAAAGUUUUUACGUUCAAUAAGUUUUGUGUGAAAAUAUUUAUUCAUUUAUUUGUUUUUUUUCAUGUUAUAUAUAGUUGGCACCUCCAGUUUAUUGAGUCCGAGUUCAGAGGGCAACUUCCAAAACCAUAUGCCAAGGGGAAAAAGGCAACCAGAAUUAUUCCGAAAGACAUGAAUGACCAGAAUCUGGAAGAGACCUCUAGAUAUGUGAGUAAGUUAGCAGAACUUUGUUUUGAACGGUGGGUUAACAUUUCCGGAAUCAUCUUCACAGGAGGAAUUAUGUAUUACCUCUUGGGUGGCUGGACCUGUUGUAUUAAAGAGACACUCUGAGCACCAAAAUAUCUUUAGCUGAAUCAGGUUCCACAAGCUCAUUGCAUUAUUUUAGUGGCACUCAUUGAUGCAUCCUUCUGUACGGCACCAGACGCCGCAUCUUUCCCACUUGAUAUACCACAAUACCUAAAGGACUGAGACCUCGUUGGUCACUUGUUAUCAAGAUCACUAAUGAGUUGUCUGUUGAAACAACUUAAUCAUUCCUUGUCAACCCUGAUGUAAAAUCUACGCUGCCAUCCCUGACCUUCUUUUAUGAUACACUGCACUUUGUCUUAUCCUUUUGUAAUUUGUUUUAGAUAGACUAUCGCUGUUUUACUAAUUAAUCCGUGUACAUGACCAUCUGUGUUAUCUUUACUCACGCGCUCUGGGUUCUAGAUUACAAGGAGAAAGAAUAUAGUUGACACAGAACACAACACUGUCAACUUCUGUGCUACACUUUAGCAAAAUUGGAUCUGUUUAAACAGAAAAGGAGAAGAUUUGGUCUCCACUAGCCAUUGCCAGAGUGCCUUUUAGAUAGACUGAUUUUGCAUGCAAUGUUAAUGUCCGAUGUGGCCUUCUUUAGCCAGUAGCCCUCAGUUCUCCUCCCGAUAGCCAGUAGUCCAUAGUUCAGGUCCCCCCAAGAUCCUAGUAGCCCAUUCACCACCUAUCUUUCUUUACAAGUGGGCAAGUAGAAAUUUUGAGACCUGCUAUAUAUUGCUAAUGUAUGUUUUAAAUUAAGCAACAUCUUUUCUGAUACAGAGCAAGAAACGCUUGAUUUCUACUAAUUGAUUAGAUGAUCUCCCAUAGACAUCAGUGAGAUGACAUCUAUUAAUUUGAUAGAAUUAAAUGAAUCUAACAGGACCCAACCUACUAUUAUUACAGAUUAUCUGCUAUUCUAAUUAGCAGGCUUGGUGCUAGUUGAAUGCUCCUGUUAAACGCACCACUUGAUUUCGUAGAAAUGUUAGUCUUCAGUUAAAUGCCUCACAAGCCAUGGCUUGUUGUUUUGGGUUUUUUUUCAGAUUUUUUUUAUUUAUUUAUUUUUUUCUCUAAUUCUAUAUAGUUUAUUGCAAAGAAAAAAAUCCAAGGACUAAAUAAAUAUACUUCACUGCAUGCAUGGAGCGAUUGCCAGAAAAAAAAAAAUGUGUAUAUUUAUGUGAAUAUUUUUUUAAAUGAUUAAAACAAUUCUGUUUUUGAGUUAUGCCUUCCAGCAGCUAGGUUAAUUUGUGAUGACGUGGGUAGCUUUUUUAGCUUAAGCACUGCUGUGUUGCUCACACGCUGAGCGUCAUUUCUUGGUAAGCUGUCAGCCUUCAAUCAGAGUGAGGCCCUACCUUUCUGCACUUCUAUUUGCAGAUUUUAUUCAUGCCACAAUCAGGCACAAAAGCCCUUUUCUAUUUCCAAAUCCACACAGCAAGCAGCACAUAUGUACCGACGUCAUCAAAUCGUGAGCGACUGCUGUAAUUAAUGAAUAGGUAUUUUUACUUAUAAAAAUUACUUAUAAAAUUUAUGUAUAAAACUUGGUUUUCUUUUUUUGGGGGGGGGGGGUAAUUUUUGUUGUUUUUAUUACAUUAACAUUUUUUCAAUUAAAAUAUUUAUAUUUUUUGUUAUUGUUGCACGUCCACAAUGAAAAAAUUUUGGCAUGCUCUCAUAAAUUGAGAAUUAUUUUUUUUUAAAAUGCUGUAAAAAUCAGUUUCCUAUUCUGCAGAAAUACAAUGCAAUAGAGAACUUUUCUUCAAACAUUAAAGGUAGGGUUGCAUUUAUUUUCUCAAUAUUAUACGGUGUGCAGCACUUGCAUAGUGCCAGUAGUCCCUGUGGUGACUACAUGAACAAACGAAAAUACAGUGUUUAAAGAAAUACUUUAAUGUCUCCGUUCUGCCCGAGACAAGGUCCCUGAGACAGUACAGAGGUAAUCCGUGCAUUAUUAUAUAAUGUAAAUAAUUGUAUUGAUGACAUCCCCAUCCUUGUAGUACAGGGUUCUAAAAUAUGAUCUGGCCUCUGAAAUUAUUAUUCUAAUUAUUAUUGGUAUUUACAUAGCUCCAGCUUAUUCUGCAGAGAUUUACAAUAAUAUAAAAGGGGAAUUUAACAAGAAAUGAGGGAAACUAGAUAAUUAAGGAGGUAGGCUAUUAAAAAAAAAAAAAUAGGAAGGGCAAUGUUGGGGACCAAGUGACAAGGGUGGCAAAGAAACACAAUAGUAUCCACUUAUCAAGCGGAGAGAUAAGUUUGCGGAAUGACCUUUACCCUGGGGAAGUCAUGGGCUAUUCUGAAGAGAUAAAAGGUGUUUUUGUUUUUUGUUUUUUAAAGCGGCACUGUCAAAUUCUAAUGGGAGAAGGCAGGCUUUUCCUUAGGAAUGGAUUUGCCUGAUGAAAGUCCCCUAAUACGAAUUAGCAGUACGGGAUACAAGCAGCAGACAGGAUAAUCUCCCCUGCAGAGCAGUGUGACCCAUAAGGGCUUGUAUGUAUGAAAUACAGGGAGUGCAGAAUUAUUAGGCAAAUGAGUAUUUUGACCACAUCAUCCUCUUUAUGCAUGUUGUCUUACUCCAAGCUGUAUAGGCUCAAAAGCCUACUACCAAUUAAGCAUAUUAGGUGAUGUGCAUCUCUGUAAUGAGAAGGGGUGUGGUCUAAUGACAUCAACACCCUAUAUCAGGUGUGCAUAAUUAUUAGGCAACUUCCUUUCCUUUGGCAAAAUGGGUCAAAAGAAGGACUUGACAGGCUCAGAAAAGUCAAAAAUAGUGAGAUAUCUUGCAGAGGGAUGCAGCACUCUUAAAAUUGCAAAGCUUCUGAAGCGUGAUCAUCGAACAAUCAAGCGUUUCAUUCAAAAUAGUCAACAGGGUCGCAAGAAGCGUGUGGAAAAACCAAGGCGCAAAAUAACUGCCCAUGAACUGAGAAAAGUCAAGCGUGCAGCUGCCACGAUGCCACUUGCCACCAGUUUGGCCAUAUUUCAGAGCUGCAACAUCACUGGAGUGCCCAAAAGCACAAGGUGUGCAAUACUCAGAGACAUGGCCAAGGUAAGAAAGGCUGAAAGACGACCACCACUGAACAAGACACACAAGCUGAAACGUCAAGACUGGGCCAAGAAAUAUCUCAAGACUGAUUUUUCUAAGGUUUUAUGGACUGAUGAAAUGAGAGUGAGUCUUGAUGGGCCAGAUGGAUGGGCCCGUGGCUGGAUUGGUAAAGGGCAGAGAGCUCCAGUCCGACUCAGACUCCAGCAAGGUGGAGGUGGAGUACUGGUUUGGGCUGGUAUCAUCAAAGAUGAGCUUGUGGGGCCUUUUCGGGUUGAGGAUGGAGUCAAGCUCAACUCCCAGUCCUACUGCCAGUUCCUGGAAGACACCUUCUUCAAGCAGUGGUACAGGAAGAAGUCUGCAUCCUUCAAGAAAAACAUGAUUUUCAUGCAGGACAAUGCUCCAUCACACGCGUCCAAGUACUCCACAGCGUGGCUGGCAAGAAAGGGUAUAAAAGAAGAAAAUCUAAUGACAUGGCCUCCUUGUUCACCUGAUCUGAACCCCAUUGAGAACCUGUGGUCCAUCAUCAAAUGUGAGAUUUACAAGGAGGGAAAACAGUACACCUCUCUGAACAGUGUCUGGGAGGCUGUGGUUGCUGCUGCACGCAAUGUUGAUGGUGAACAGAUCAAAACACUGACAGAAUCCAUGGAUGGCAGGCUUUUGAGUGUCCUUGCAAAGAAAGGUGGCUAUAUUGGUCACUGAUUUGUUUUUGUUUUGUUUUUGAAUGUCAGAAAUGUAUAUUUGUGAAUGUUGAGAUGUUAUAUUGGUUUCACUGGUAAUAAUAAAUAAUUGAAAUGGGUAUAUAUUUGUUUUUUGUUAAGUUGCCUAAUAAUUAUGCACAGUAAUAGUCACCUGCACACACAGAUAUCCCCCUAACAUAGCUAUAACUAAAAACAAACUAAAAACUACUUCCAAAAAUAUUCAGCUUUGAUAUUAAUGAGUUUUUUGGGUUCAUUGAGAACAUGGUUGUUGUUCAAUAAUAAAAUUAAUCCUCAAAAAUACAACUUGCCUAAUAAUUCUGCACUCCCUGUAGUGAAGCAAUGUGACGUGGGGUAGAGUUGUUGAGAGCUUUAUAGGUAAGCAUUGAUAUUUUGAAUUGAAUCUUAUGGGGUACAAGAUGCCAGUGUAAUGAUUGACAGAGGGCAGACAUGAGAGAGAUACGAUGGGGAGAGACACCUAAUCCUGAUAGCAGCAUUCACUAUGGACUGUAAAGAGGCUAUAUGGUUUCUGGAGAGACCAAUUAGGAGAGAAUUACUGUAAUCAAUGUGUGAAAUUACAAAAUCAUGAACAAGCUCCUUUGUAGCAACUUGGGUGAUAAAGGAGGAGAUGCAGGCAGAGGUUUUAAGUUGAAAAUGGCAAGAUUUGGUGACAGACAAGAUUUGAGGUGAAGAGGUGAGACCAGAAUCCUAGAUGACCUCAAGGCAGCAAGCUUGCAAGGAUGGUCUAAUGUGUGUAUCAUCACUUUGCAUAGAGAGUGACAGCAGAGGGCUGGUAUAAUGACGAGGGAAGGUAAACUCAGUUUUAGAAAGCGUAAGGACAUCCAUUCAGAGACAGAGAGGCAAAUGGUGACGCGUUCUAGGACAGCGUGAGAGAUUUUUGGAUAUCAUCAACGUACAGGUGGUAGAGGAAGUCAAUAGCAUUAAUAAGCUUGCCAAGAGAGGCAGCAAAAAGAGAGAACAGAAGGUAUCAAAGACAGACUGGUAGGUGUUAUUGGAAAAGCAGGCACGGAAUGAUCAUUGGAAGAAAACCGUGAAAGGACAGAGUCGCGGAGGCUAAGUGUGUCAAGUUUAAAUAAGGAGAACUUUAUCAACAGUGAGAGAGGUCUAAUAGGCAGCAGAGAGGUCUAAUAGAAUUGGUAUGGAGGAGUGUGGAGGGUUGCAGUAGCUUGAUUAAUUGUGUUUAGUUCAGAAAUUACUUCCGUCUAAGUAGAAUGGAUAAGAAAUAAAUGUUAGAUAACACUGCAGUGCCCAUAUAAAAAUAGAUAAUGAACGCUUGGAUGCAUUUAUUUAUGUUUUUUUUUAUUAUUAUUGUGGGUAUAUCUAAAAACAACUUGCAAAACCUACAGUCCUCUUGUAUGUUGCCUUUCCUAGCCCUCCCCUUCUAGCUCCACCCAGACUUUCUGUGACUGUCCAAUCACAGACUUUCCAAUGCUGCUCAAUGAGAAGUCUUUGCAAGGCAGGUGCUCUAAGCAAUUGCCUGAGUUUUGCUACACUGUGAUAACCAAACCAGGAAGUAAAAUUACCUGUUGUCUGCUUGAAAGGCAAAGGGGGUGUAACUAGGUAAUUUAUAAAAAAAAAAAAUGUUGAUUUAUAUUGAAAUAUGCAAUUUUUGCAAAUUGAAAAAAGAGGACACACUCUCUUUUUUCAAUUUAGCUUUUCAUGAAGCUAAAGUGCUUUAGGGGUCUGGAGUUUCCCUUUAAAUACAGCAACUUCCUUUAAAACUCUUAGAACCAUAACUACUACAGUGUGCUGUAGUCAUUAUUGUGCAAGCAGGGCCCCAGUGCCCCUUUUCUAACUGACUUCUUACCUGGGGUUUGCUCCCUGCCUUUCUGCAGCCAGAUGUUCGCUCCUCUGUUCUCUGUCAGCCAAUGAGCUAAGCUUUGCACCACUAGGCUUGGCUCAAUGAACAUCCAGCAAGGGCACUCUUGGCACCAUAACUGCUACAGCAUGCUGUAGUGAUUAUGGUGCUUGGAGAAUUUAUUUAAUAACUAAACACAGCCGCGAAGCUAAAUUAACAGGACAAGAUCAGUUCAUUGCAGUGACGUGCCCUGCAUUAAUCCCAAGAGUUAAUCUUAAACUAUGAAUGUGAGCAGACUUCAUAAAUCAAUUCACAGUGAGUGACAUACAGAUUCUUCGAAAUGCAUUUGAAUCUGCUUUCUAUGCACUAUGCAAGGAGCGUUCAUCAUGAGGCUUAGCAUGGACGUGGGUCGUGCAUUAAUUUGCCGACCACAGCACUACACGCUCAAUUAAAUAAUGUCUUCCAUGUUUCUUUUCCAAAGAGAUUAUUUAACGUAGCCCAAAUAACAUUUAUGGAAGUAAAUAGUGAUGUGCAUAAUUAAUGUAAUGAUCCUUGUAAAUCUAAUCUAAUGAUGCCGAAUGUUUAUUUUUCCUUUAAAGGUUGCUUUAAAAACCAUUAAAAAUAAAAAUCUGCAAAAGACUACAUGGGGUGGGGGGUAAUCUUGUGAGUAUAUAUGUCUGACUAAAAUUAGCCAAGUGUCAAAAAGAAUUGAUCAAAUGAUGGGAGUGUGUGUAUGUAGAUAGAUACAUAUUUUCAUUUUCUUUUUUAUGUAAUCACCUAAAAAAACAACUACCAUAAUCUUCUGUUUUAGCUGUCUCUUUUUUAAGAAAAGUAUUACCGCAGGGGAAGGGAAAAAUGUUUCUCCCCCCCUCCCCCCCGUUGAUGUUCUACUAGGAUACCUGCGAGAAGGGCGUUUUGGUGAAUAUAGUCCAAACCAUUUUGAUUGGCACAAACCUUUCAAUAAGUCAGCACUACGAUCUGCUCAAAACAAUUGAACUUGUUGUUUCUUGACCUCAAAGCACAAACUUUACAUCUCAGUCAUUACUGUAGGAAGGUUAUGUGAUAAAUCUUUGAAAAGGUGACCAUUUUGUAUAGAACAAUUCGAUUUCACACAGCAGGUCAGCCUGGUUGCAAUAUUGCUGCAGGUAAAACAGCUUGUUUAAUAUCUGAACACGCUGUAUAUUUCGAAUAGAAUAGGUUUAAUUGAGUAUGGCACAGUAUCUGCAAAUGUAAAGACGAACUUUACAUUUGCAGAUAAAGAAUAGAUAUUCUGCAAAUAGAUGUGGAUUUUUACAACUUCUCUAUUUUCCUUUGCCAAGCACUGCCUUUGGUUGAUUGUGGCGUAUUCUAACAAGAAGCGAGGCUAAUGAGACUUUAAAAAGCUUGCUGGUGAAACAAUGGAAGGGGGGGGGGGAAGCACCAAUAUGGAUGUUUGGCUUACAGUACCUGUUUAUAAACCAGCCUUUGUCUUUCUCACUUGCUCUUCCAUUGUUAACGUUAUAAUGCUGCUUGCGUUCCCAUCUCCCAGAGCCCUAUUUUUCUGAAGAAUGUGUUGAACAUGGAGAGGAUGGGGGUAGAUUCGGUUCUUACAAUCCUAUUCAAGGCAUGUCUUGACAGUGUAGGACUAAACUCUCCAUGCUGCCAUCAGAGGGGCAUUCAGGAGAAAUCAGCAAAGGUUGCAACUCUGAAAAGCUCGUCAGCUCUAUUGUCAAAGGCUAUUAGCGACAUGGUGCAGAUUGGAUGAACGAGGAAAGCGAGAGCAACAGAAGUACUAAUAACGUACUUUUUGGCUUAAGAUCUGCUGUGAGAAUAUAACAGAGCUCAGUUUUUUUCCAGCAGGCCAUAAUUUUGGUUCGUAAUUAACGCUUACACUCAGAAUACAACAAUCUCUGCUUCGGAAAGAGAAAUCUUUCCUUAAAUGUUAUAUUGUGUUCUGUUUACUUUAAAUCAGGGAUUCAUAUAUAUGACACAUGCUCUGAAUUCUAAUUCACUGAUCGCGUACUGGUUUUCAUCACCCAUAAGGAAUUACAUAACCACUAGGCAGCUUGACUUUGCAUUCUAGUGUGAGUAAGUGUGUGUGUGUAUCUUUAUCUAAAAAAGUUGUGGUGAGAAUAAACAUAAUAAAACUCCCACAUUGUUUCAUGGAAAAACAAAAUGUACUAUUGACACUCAUCUACAUGUCUCAAGUCAGAGUUUGGGAAAAGCCUACUGUCACAGGUUCGUGAGUCUAUUGCGGUUAUUCCUUCAAUCCUCCACUAGUCCUAAUUUCAGAUGUGCGGAAUGUAGUGAAAGUAUUCCCGUUGUGUAGAAUUUCCCCAAUAUAAUGGACGCAACCAGUUUUAUUGGGUAAAAGGAGCAAUCUGAACUUUAUUAGGCCACACUCUGCUUUUUAUGCAGUGCCUGUAGCAUGGUGUUUCCAAUACAAAAUUACAGUGGUUUCCUUCCCACAAGCCAUUGUGUUUGAGAGAUAAUUGAGCUCCAAUUAAGCUAAUCCAACUAUCUCUCAAAUUGGAAAACUUCCAUACAAUUUUUACAUAUCACAAAAAUACAUGACAACCGCAUCGGAACCCCACAAAAUUAUAUUCCCAAAUAGCCCCAAUCUGAGCGCACAACAUAUCCAAAAAUGGCUCAGAUCGGCUCCGUAAAACAAAAGUUAUGUUCGUGCAUAUAUGAACUGGCUGCCUGGUAGAGGUGGUAUUGUCAAUUUCAAAAGGGGGUUAAUUUGAUUGUAUGGGAGGUCAGAGCUUACAACCUAAAUUCCUCUUUGUAGCUGGGACCCCAGCAGAGCUACUCUGUAAAGUGUGAGUAGUCACACAUAAGUGGCCUGGAAGUCUGGUUUCAGUAUAAAAUAACUCUCUCAUUCGCCAUAUGUCUUGAUUCCCUCUUAGUUAAGGAGUCCUUUGAUAUGAAUAAGCCUUGUGUUAGAAUAUCAUCCAAAAGAGACAUUAAUACCGAUCCACAGAUUAAUACACAAGCCUAAUUUUUAUCAUAUUUAGAAUGGGACAAGCACAAUCUUUCAAUCAAGCCUAAACAUGAUUUGCGAACAAGGGGACCUCCCAGAAUCUGUUCGGUAACUGAAGAGAAGGGAUCAAUUCCAUUCGAAUGCAGGGAAACAAUAGACCAGGCAUAGGUAACCUUCGACACUGCAGAUGUUUUGGACUACACCUCCCAUGAUGCUUUGCUAGCAUUAUGGGUGUAAGAGCAUUAUGGAGGAUAUAAUCCACAACAUCUGGAGUGCCGAAGGUUGACUACCCCUGCACUAGACGAUACAAAGUAUAAUUAAGGGAACUCAUUGGUAUUAUUGUGCCAAGGUAGAGAGAUAUAGAGAAAUAUUGAUAUAUCUAAGGAUAGAGAGAUUAUCAGUGCUGUCUAUUAGUAGAGCUGAUAUUCCACAUAUUUCUGAUGAUCGGUAUUGGGUUUGUAAUUUACUAAUAACUUACCUCUCCCAGCCACUGUCUGCUGUUGCCUGCCUCCGGAAACUAUAACUGCCAGCCUACAAGGUGCUACAUCGCGACCUCACGUCACCACUUCCUGUAAACCCCUCUAUGCGGAGGUGAAACGGUGAAUAAUCUACUGUAUUGUACUGGGUUGGCUGCCUGUGAGUAAUAGGAGUGUGAUAGCUGUCAGUAUGUUUAGUUAAUGCCAGAUUUGUGUAGACAUUGUUGCUUUCUCAAAAUCUUGAAUGUAGAGAACAUCGGCUAUCUAACCAAGGCGACCAACAAUCUAUAUCAGCUCUGGAAAAUAUUGGUUGAUCCUCAAAGGGCAGUAACAGUGUAGCCUUAUAGUGUAAUAUUAGUCAUUUGUAGUGGUAUAGUGAGGUGUUACAGCUUGCAUUCCAAGCUGAAUUUGUUAACCUGUUUCCAAAAGCCUGCAGGCCCAUAUUUUCACUUUUGCUUUUUUAUGUAGUUUGUAAACACUGUGAGACGUGCUCCAAUAAAGACCAUAAAGGAACACACCGCAUCCAAAAUCACCUUGGCUUGCUGUAGUGCUUUCAGGGUUAACAUGUCAUUAAUGGUAAAUUUUCAGGCUGGACAAAAGUGGAAAGUGGUGUCCCUCCGGGUUCUGUUUUGGGACAGCUUCUAUUUAACAUAUUUAUAAAUAAUCUUUAAAUAGGCAUUGAAAGCCAUGUUUUAAUGUUGGCAGAUGACACAAAACUUUGUAAAGUACUAAAAUGUGAGCAGGAUAUUGCUUUGCUGUAGAGGGGUUUGGAUAGAUUGGGGGACUGGGCACUAAAAUGGCAGAUGAAAUUUAACAUAGAGAAAUGCAAAGUUAUGCACUUCAGGGUCAAGAAUGCACAAGCAACUUACACCCUAAAUGGUAGUGAACUAGGGAUAACCACACACGAGAAGGAUUUGGGAAUUGUUAUAGACAACAAAUUAGGCAGCAAUAUGCAAUGUCAAUCUGCCGUUGCUAAGGCCAGUAAGGUUUUGUCAUGUAUAAAUAGGGGCAUAAAUUCUCGGGAUGAGAAUAUCAUUUUGCCUCUUUAUAAAUCACUGGGUAGACAACACCUGCUGUGCCAUUUUGGGCACCUGUUCUAAAGAAGGAUAUGGCACUAGAAAAAGUGCAGAGGUGGGCUACAAAAUUAAUAAAUGGAAUGGAAAAGAUCAGCUAUGAAGGAAGGUUAACAAAUUUAAACCUGAGAAAAAAAUCGCCUGAGAGGGGAUAUGAUAACAUUAUACAAAUAUAUUCGAGGCCAGUACAAACCAUUAUCUGGAAAUCUAUUCAUAAACAGGGCUAUACAUAGGACACGAGGUCACACAUUUAGGCUGGAAGAAAGGAGAUUUCAUCUAAGGCAAAGAAAAAGUUUUUUUACUGUAAGAACAAUAAUGAUAUGGAAUUCUCUGCCUGAAGAUGUGGUUUUAUCAGAGUCCAUACAAAUGUUUAAACUGCAAUUGGAUAAAUACUUGCAAAAACAUAACAUACAGGGAUAUCAUUUCUAAUUAGUGGGGUAAUAGCUGCCUUAUCCAAGGAGACAUCUGACUGCUAUUUUGGGGUCAAAAAAGAUUUUUUUCCUAGUUUGUUGCAAAAUUGGAAGUGCUUCAGACUAGAUUUUUUUGCCUUCUUUUGGAUCAACAGCAAAAACAUAUGUGAGGAAGGCUGAACUUGAUGGACGCAAGUCUCUUUUCAGCUAUGUUAUUAUGUCCUCUUGUUCUCUCUUUAUAAAAGUGCCAAUUUCAAAUAGAGAUGGAUAUAUAUAUUUCUUAUUGUGUACAUGAUCUAUAUGUUUUCUCAAACAUUUGAUCUUUCCGUGCAACCUUCUUUAGCUAAGCCUACCCUGCAGUGUGCGUUCGUAAAUUAUUAAAAACGAUUUUUGUCUUUCUCAAGAUUUAAAGUUUGUUUACUUACAGCCUACAAGGCAGAGGAGCCUUAGAGGCCCAUCCAUCUCUGUGGCUUUGUCUCCGCAAGCAUUUUCUUUUGUCUUCUCACCACCAGCAAGCCAAUUAUUUUGUAAUCUUAUAGCAAUCUUCCUCUCUCUGCUCCCAGAAUCUCCCUUAAAGGGUCAUUCAUAGCCCUUUUCAGUUGUAUAUUAACUUCAGUAUGGCAUGGCUGCUGUCAAAGCCUUGGAGAAUGUUUAUUUGAAGGUCUGCUUCUGUUCUUGUCAAAUACAGGCAUCAGCGAUUUGUACACAUAUAUCUGUUCUUAAUGCUCUGUAGUUGUUAUUCCAUUUAUUGACAAAGAUACAGUGUGAGGUUUGUUAAAUUUUAUGAACUGCUACAAGUUACUUUUUAUAUUAAAGGGACACUAUAGUUACCAGAACAACGACUACUUAAUGUAGUUGUUCUGGUGAGUAUAAUCGCUCCCUUCAGGCAUUUUCAUGCAAACGCUGCCUUUUCAGAGAAAAGGCAUUGUUUACAUUGCCCCUAGGGACACCACCAAGUGGCCACUUCUCAGAUGGCCACUGGAAGGGCUUCAUGGCUCAGUGCUUCACAGUAAGCAGCACUGCCGUUCAGCGUCCCCACGCUCUGCAUGGGAACGCUGAAUUUUCCUCAUAGAGAUUCAUUGAUUCAAUGCAUCUCUAUGAGGAGGUCCUGAUUGGCCAAAAUGGCAUUUGACCCUGCCCCCAUGCUGAUUUUAGUCAAUCCAACGCUUUCCCUAUGGGAAAGCGUUGGAUUGGCUAAAAAUCAGCCAAUUAGAUGAUAUCACAAAGGGGGUGGGGUCAGCGCCGGCAGAUCCGCGCGGCGCUGGAAAUAAGCUGAGUUUUAAACUUUUAUAGGGGGUAUAAGGGGGGGCAAGCCACCUAUAUGGUGGGUUAAACACUAUAGGGUCAGGAAUACAUGUUUGUGUUCCUGACCCUAUAGUGAUCCUUUAAUUGUUAGUGGAGCUUUAUGAUAGUUAGAUGCUUUGAAACCUGGAUAAGAAAGUUGUAUCCUGUCUCCAAUAUAGUGAGUUGUUCCCGUUUCCUAGCAGUGAGCAGUAUUCCUGUUUGUACACCAAGCCGUCGUACUGCAGCUCCCACAAUUCUCAAACUGAGAAUUAUGGGAGUUUUAGUCCAAACGAUCUGUAGGGCUACAGGGAAUCAACUUUGCUGGCUUCUUACCUCCUAAUGCUCCAUUUAACCUCCAUUGCAGUGUAUACAGCAGGAGCUGCCACUAGUUAGCUCUCCAGGUAGCACUGAACUAGAAAGGCUCGUUGAGAAUCAAGUACUUUCUGUAUUAGGUGUUUGCUAUGUUAAUCAGUGAGCAUCUAUUACAGGAACACUAAAGAGUUAGGAAUCCAGACUUUGUAUGUCUAACGCUUUGGUGUCUUUGUCCCUAGCUAGAUAUCAAUCUUUCAACAUUUGUAGUAAAAAUUAUAUAAAAAUGUAUUUACUUAUCUUUUUCUAGCGUGGAGGGCCCCUUAGAACUCUUUACCUCUCUGCUUUCUGCUUCUCGUAGUGGAGCAUUGGGACCUGAUGUGCAUGUGUGGCGAGGGCCACGAGCACCUCCAAGCUUCCCCAUAGGAUAGCAUUGAAUCAGUGCUUUCAUAUCGGAGCUUUUGCAUCAUGUGACAAAGUUUUACCCUAGAGGUGGACGUAAACCUGCAACGUAAGCAUUUCAGUUUCCAAUAAAACAAAAAAGAAAAGACUGCAAUGUUUUACAUUCCAGGGUUAAAGCUAAAGGACCAAUGCACUCAGGUUCCUUCAUUGACAUGAUGUGGUUUGCGUGACUUUAGUGUAUGGUUUUAUUACCAUUGUCUGUUCAGAAGGGGUACACGGCCCGUGCUAUUUUGGAUGCUGUAGAUAAGGUCUCUUGUGACUCUGUUGGUGAGUAUUCGAAUGCUCUAGUUAAGAGUGGGGCUACUCUUUGCCUACUGAUAAUAAUCAACAAAUAAUACAUUGUCCUAACACUUAUGCAAAGCAUCUCUGCUUCUAAAAACAUUGCCAAACCAAAUGGCAAAAUAUAAAUGAAACUUGCAAACUUGCAAUACACGAUCGUUAUUGGUUGCUUUUACCAAGCUAUCAUCUCCUGUUCUCUACUUUGUUCUUUCCAAAUAUUAGAAACAUAGAAACACAGAAUGUGACGGCAGAUAAGAACCAUUCGGCCCAUCUAGUCUGCCCAAUUUUCUAAAUACUUUAAUUAGUCCCUAGUCUUAUCUUAUAGUUAGGAUAGCCUUAUGCCUAUCCCACGCAUGCUUAAACUCCUUUACUGUGUUAACCUCUACCACUUCAGCUGGAAGGCUAUUCCAUGCAUCCACUACCCUCUCAGUAAAGUAAUACUUCCUGAUAUUAUUUUUAAACCUUUGUCCCUCUAAUUUAAGACUAUGUCCUCUUGUUGUGGUAGUUUUUCUUCUUUUAAAUAUAGUCUCCUCCUUUACUGUGUUGAUUCCCUUUAUGUAUUUAAAUGUUUCUAUCAUAUCCCCCCUGUCUCGUCUUUCCUCCAAGCUAUACAUGUUAAGAUCCUUUAACCUUUCCUGAUAAGAUUUAUCCCGCAAUCCAUGAACCCGUUUAGUAGUCCUUCUCUGAACCCUCUCUAAGUUAUCAAUAUCCUUCUGAAGAUACGGUCUCCAGUACUGCGUACAAUACUCCAAGUGAGGUCUCACCAGUGUUCUGUACAAUGGCAUGAGCACUUCCCUCUUUCUACUGCUAGCACCUCUCCCUAUACAACCAAGCAUUCUGCUAGCAUUUCCUGCUGCUCUAUUACAUUGUCUGCCUACCUUUAAGUCAUCAGAAAUAAUCACCCCUAAAUCCCUUUCCUCAUAUGUUGAGGUUAGGACUCUAUUAAAUAUUCUGUACUCUGCCCUUGGGUUUUUACGUCCAAGAUGCAUUAUCUUGCACUUAUCCACAUUAAAUGUCAGUUGCCACAAUUUUGACCAUUUUUCUAGUUUAACUAAAUCAUUUGCCAUUUGGCUUAUCCCUCCUGGAACAUCAACCCUGUUACAUAUCUUAGUAUCAUCAGCAAAAAGGCAUACCUUACCAUUAAGACCUUCUGCAGUAUCACUAAUAAAAAUAUUAAAGAGAAUGGGUCCAAGUACAGAUCCCUGAGGUACCCCACUGGUGACAAGUCCAAGCUUCGAAUAUAUUCCAUUAACAACAACCCUCUGUUGCCUGUCACUCAGCCACUGCCUUACCCAUUCAACAAUAUUGGAAUCCAAACUUAAAGAUUGCAGUUUAUUGAUAAGCCUUCUAUGUGCAACAGUGUCAAAAGCCUUACUGAAAUCUAGGUAAGCAAUGUCUACUGCACCACCCUGAUCUAUAAUUUGUUACCCAAUCAAAAAAAUCAAUAAGAUUACUUUGGCAUGAUCUCCCUGAAGUAAACCCAUGUUGUCACUGAUCUUGAAAUCCAUGUUUUUUUAGAUGUUCAACAAUCCUAUCCUUUAACAUGGUUUCCAUCACUUUCCCCACUACUGAAGUAAGGCUUACUGGCCUAUAGUUGCCCGACUCCUCCCUAUUACCUUUCUUGUAAAUGGGCACAACAUUCGCUAACUUCCAAUCUUCUGGGACUACUCCUGUUAACAAUGAUUGGUUAAAUAAAUCUGUUAAUGGUUUUGCUAGUACACCACUAAGCUCUUUUAAUAGCUUUGGGUGUAUUCCAUCAGGUCCCAUUGACUUAUUUGUCUUUACUUUUGACAGUUGAAAUAGAACCUCUUCCUCUGUAAACUCACGAGUAAUAAAUGACUCAUUUAUCCUUUUUCUUAACUGAGGUCCCUUUCCUUCAUUUUCAUCUGUAAAUACAGAACAAAAAUAUCCAUUGAGGCAGUCAGCUAGACCUUUAUCCUCUUCUACAUACAUUCCUUCUUUUGUUUUUACUCUAACUAAUCCUUGUUUUACUUUUCUUUUCUCAUUUAUGUAUCUAAAAAAAUGUUUUGUCCCCCUUUUUUACUGACUGUGCUAUUUUCUCUUCUGUAUGUGAUUUGGAAGCCCUUAUAACUUGCUUAGCCUCUUUCUGCCUAAUCUUAUUGAUUAUUUUGUCUUCCUCACUCUGGGUUUUUUUUUAUAAUUCCUAAAUGCUAACUUUUUGUUUUUAACUAUUUUGGCCACAUCUGCGGAGUACCACAGUGGUUUCUUGACUUUUUUGCUUUUACUGACAAGCCUAAUGCAAUUUUCUGCUGCCUUCAAAAGUGCAACUUUUAAAUAAUCCCAUUUCUCUUGGUCUCCAUUUAAAUUGCUCCAGUCUGAUAAUGACUCCUUUACACAUAUUCUAAUUUUAGAAAAGUCUGUUUUUGUAAAGUCUAAAACUUUAGUUUUUGUGUGGUGUGACUCAGUCACUGUUCUUAUAUUAAACCACACUGACUGAUGAUCACUGGAUCCUAAACUUUCACCUACAGUAAUAUCUGAUAUCAAAUCUCCAUUUGUUAACACUAAAUCUAGUAUGGCCUCUUUACGAGUUGGCUCCUCAACAACUUGUUUUAGAGACAAUCCCAGUAGGGAGUUUAGAAUAUGUGUGCUCCUAGCACAAGUAGCUAAUUUUGUUUUCCAAUUUACAUCAGGAAGAUUAAAGUCACCCAUGAUGAUAACUUCCCCCUUCAUUGUCAUUUUAGCUAUUUCCUCAACUAGUAGAUUAUCUAACUCUUCAAUUUGUCCUGGGGGCCUAUAAAUCACACCUACACGAGUUACUGUGUGAUUACCAAAUUCUAACGUAACCCAAACGGACUCUAUGUUUGCCUCACUAACUUUUAUUAGGCUACAUUUUAUUCUAUCCUUCACAUACAGGGCCACCCCUCCCCCUUUCUUGCCUUCCCUAUCUUUUCUAUAUAAAGAGUACCCUGGUAUUGCUAUGUCCCAGUCAUCUUUCUCAUUAUGCCAUGUCUCAGUAACAGCGACUAAAUCUACACUAUCAGUUGCCAUUAUUGCCACAAGUUCAUGGAUCUUAUUCCCUAAACUGCGAGCAUUUGUAGACAUGACUCUAAGCUUAUCAUUUUUUAACACACUUGCCACUUGCUACAGGCACCUUCUGUCCUUGUUUUGGGGGAAAAUUGGAUUGAUGUUUUAUCACCCUUUUGCCCCCUUCCCCCUCCUCCCCCCUCCUAGUUUAAAUACAUCCUAGCAAAACCCCUGAACUCCUCACUGAGAACAUUUGUUCCCUUUUGAGAAAGAUAUUAUGGUAUAUGUGACUUGCUGGUACAGACAAAAUACACUGAAUGCUAAAGUGAUAGGUUUUUCAAUUAUCAACUACUAGCAUUUUCUUUACAGCUUUUAAGAGGGCUGUGUAAAUAUAUGCAAGGUUAGUGACUUAAUUGAAAAUUGUUGGAAAUUUCAUGUGAUUUUCAAAGUUUUGCCCACAAUAGUUGAUCCAGAGAAAUUCUUCAAGUCCGCUAUGCUUCCAGUUUUGCAAUUUUUAUCCUAAACUUUGAAAAUCACUUUUAAUUCUUGGAAAUUUUCACUUUUUGUGCAUAUCCCUUAUGAUAUUUUAAUAUAUGACAUUUUUGAUUUUGUGCUCUCAUUGCCUUUGCGUUUACUGUCUGGUGUCUGUAUACUGUGAGGCUAGUUUAAAACAGUACGUUUUAGUAGCCCUCUGUCGCUGUCCAAAAUUUGUCUCCCGGCUCUUUUUAUUUUAUUUUAUUUCAAAUUUACAGCGGUAACAAUAAAUGUGUCUCCAGUUUCAGAGACUUUGCAGAGCUUGGCACUCCAGCAUAGUUUUGGCAGGAUUUACAAUAUCAGAUUGAGUACUUCUCAGAAUUUAAAAUGCCAAUGAAUGGUUUGCCCUUUGACGUAAGUUUCGAAUCCUCACUUGCCGUGAUCUAUGGGAGUUGAAUAACUGUUCUGUUUCACCAAUUAGGAAAAAAAACUAAUUUUUUAAUCAUGGCCCACAUAGAAUAUCUUGCACUUCUCUAAGUAAACCUCAUGCAAAGAAAUAUGUAGAAUUAAGUAAUUUUCUGUGGUGAUGAGUUUGAAACUGGAUUAAUCAGGAGGAGUAAAGUGGCCUUACCAAUUAUCAAGGAAAUUCUAAGAGUUGAGAAAUUAGUUGCAACCACAGAAAUAUUGAGAAAUUGUCUGUUUCUUAAAUUGCAUUAAGUACUUAAAGGGACAAUUGCUCAUUUUCGUGGCUAUGUUCCUUUGAGACAAUGGGUAGCAUUUUUCGAUUUUAUGUCAAACCAUUUUGAAAAUGGAACACUCAAUCUCAACCCUGUUGCCCCUCUAUCUCUGUUUCCUACAUUCCAGUAUUGGGUAGGUUGUAUCGCUCUGAUAUGUAAAAUCAUGUCUAUUAUAGUACAUUGUUAUUGUUUGCAUUUAUAUCUAUACACAUCAAUAUAUAUAUAUGGGAAAAUUCAACACCCUGCUUUCAAUCAUAAUUGUAAACUAAUGAAACUAAAUGUUAGUUUUGAGCUCAAAGGGAUACUGUAGUCACUAUAAGCAUUUCAUCUCUUUGAAUUGGUUAUAGUGCCUGGAGUGCCCUGACACUGUCCCUCCAUUCAGUGUUGCACCAUGUUCGUGCAGUAUGCCACAAAAUAAGAGUCCCUGGCCACCCACAGUCCAGCCCCUUCAGUAUGUGUAGCUAAGGCAGAGAUUACACACUUCCUUGUUGUCAUACCCAUUCAUACGGUCAGUUGGAGCUUUGAUAGGCUAAAAGCAGUCAGCUGACACUCUCAGCCAAUCACAGCUGCCCAUUGCUGCUCAGGCUAAUACUUCCUUAUUAGCCAAAGCAGCACCGAGGGGAUGGACUGCCGGGGACUCUUGUUUAGCAUUUAAACAUUAAAAACUGUUUAAUGCUGAAAGAAAUGAUGGUACCAGGGGACUCCAGACACUAUAACCAGUUUAAUGAGAUGAAGCAGAUACAGUGCCUACGGUGUCCCUUUAAGUAAUUUUGAUAUCAUAAAGUCACAUUCAAAGGUAAAAUGUAAAGUUUCCUCUCUUUAUCGUCUCAUAGGUGGACAUUUCAAAGUGCAGGUACCUGGUAGAUUUGGAUUCGGUCACUGAAACUCCACGGGAGCCCCGUUACUCUGCAAACAAAGAAGAAUGGACGGUGAUCGCUUACAAACCAUUCUUGGAUAGCACAAGGUAAGGCAGUGUGUUUACUUUUAUUUAAUGUUCUUUUUAUUAAGCAGCAUGUGCGUUUUCAGGAAGAAACAAACUGAUCAAACAUCCAGUAAGAUGUGUUCGUACUUAUUCAGCAUGAUGAUCAGCUGUCUCUUUUUAACGUUUAAGUUUAAAACAAGAUGCAACAAAGGAGAAUGAGGUAUCCCAGAAGUAAAAGAACACAGCUUACAUUCUGGAUUGGAUAAAACUUCAGAAUAAAGCUGUAAAUUGGAAACUGUUACGAUACGUAUAAGAUGAAAUGAGUGGUUUUAUGUAAUCAGUAUGCGUUGUGCAAGUAUGUUUUCAUGAUGCAUGGAGACAGCCGUUCUGUGUAUUGCGUACACAUGUAGUGAUGUAUAUGACAUUUAGCACAUCACUAAAUAUGUACACAGCCAUGGAUAUGGAAGUGUUUAAUGAGGACGUGUAAAACCUGCCUGUUUUAUUGUUAUGCAGUUUAUGUGCAGAUGUUGUUACAUGUAGUCGGGUUAUGAAGUACUAUUAUGGCAGGGCUUACAAUUUGAAGUCCUAUGCUUCUAGCCAGACUUUAAAAAGUUAUUCACUACUGUAAGCCUGUCACGUGGGAGACCGAGGUUCGAUUCCCUGACGGGAAUGCUUCUUCAGUAAAGGAGGAGACUAUAUUUAAAAGAAGAAAAACUACAACAACAAGAGGACAUAGUCUUAAAUUAGAGGAACAAAGGUUUAAAAAUAAUAUCAGGAAGUAUUACUUUACUGAGAGGGUAGUGGAUGCAUGGAAUAGCCUUCCAGCUGAAGUGGUAGAGGUUAACACAGUAAAGGAGUUUAAGCAUGCGUGGGAUAGGCAUAAGGCUAUCCUAACUAUAAGAUAAGGCCAGGGACUAAUGAAAGUAUUUAGAAAAUUGGGCAGACUAUAUGGGGUGAAUGGUUCUUUUCUGCCAUCACAUUUUAUGUUUCUAAGUUUCUACAUACUCGUUUUGGGUAAAUUUCUGUUUGCCCGGGCUAAAUUCUUACUUGCUAUUGGCAAGCAGAAGUUUUGUGCUUCAUAUGGGGUAUGUGAACAUUUAAACAAUAAUAAUAAUAACAAAGUGUUUAACCCCUUAAGGACCAAACUUCUGGAAUAAAAGGGAAUCAUGACAUGUUACACAUGCCAUGUGUCCUUAAGGGAUUAAAGGGAUACUCCAGGCACCCAGACAACUUCUGCCCAGUGGAGUGGUCUGGGUGCCAACCCCCAUCACCCUUAACCCUACAAGUGUAAUUAUUGCAGUUUUUAUAAACUGCAAUAAUUACCUUGCAAGAUUAAGUCCUCCUCUAGUAGCUGUCUAUCAGACAGCCACUAGAUGGACUUCCGGGUUCUUAAAACACGAAAUUUAAAUGAUGCUGGACGUACUCACGCUAUGCAUGAGGACCUCCAGCGUCACCAGAAUCCCCAUAGGAAAGCAUUAAAUAAUGCUUUUAUUAUAGGGAGGUCUAAUGCGUGCGCACGGCCAUUGUUGGGCAUGUGCAUUAGGUCUCCCCUGCCGGUUGACGUCGGCGGGGGAAGAACGUGCGCGGAGGUAAGUCACUGAAGGGGUUUUAACCCCAGCAACACAAAAAAAAAGUUAUACAGUAAAAUGUAAAACAACCCUCUGCUACCCCUAUUGUCAUGGCAGUGUCUCAUCCAGGAGUAGGUUGUUUAAUACCGCUGUAACAGAGUGAAUGUCUACUUUACAAAACCAUAUUUAAAGUUAUAUAAAGAAAAGCAUUUCUCAAAUAAUGUGAGUUGUCUAUUUCUUUUACUCCCAGAUUAUCGAUGCUGUUUUGCCCAAAGUGGCAUUAAAAAAACAAACUCCAUUAUUAUUUAAAUCAAUUCAUAUAAUUGUAUUUUUAAUAUAUCUGCAGAUCCUUCUAACUUGUUUCUGCAAAUGUUGAAUGCGUUUUGCAGAAAUUAGCUUCUCUGGCUCAUCCUAAACCUUAACUUUCCUACGCUCUCGCAAAACAUACAAAUAGGAGUGGAACAUUGGCAUACUGCAUUGUCGCAGAAACAGACCAGAGGGCUCCCUACGAGACCAUUAAAUCUAAACCUGCCAUCCCCCUUCUUCCUUUUUGUUUCCCUGGCACAUUUGGCUCAUGCGUCAUUACAAGCCCUCAGGUGGAGAGGACAUUAUUCCAGAUCCCAAGGUUAGGGCAUUACCAUUCAUUACACACAAGCGUACUGAUACAUAGACAGCUCAUCUCUUUCCCCCUGGAUAUCACACACACGCCUUGGCUUUCUAGUCCCACAGGCACUGAGAAAAGAAAGGGGGGAAAAUUUGCUUGGCUCAUCGAGGGCUUUUUGUCUUCUUGCCAUUUGUGAGGUUAAUGCAUACAGCAUUGACGUAAAUGCACACGUCUCUGUUUUGGUUAGGAUGCGAGACAGGCAGCUCUUAAGCUAUAUAGAAUUCAUCUGUUUCACCGCUUUUUAGAGAGACCCAAGAGCAGUCAGAUUAAGGCAGAUCUAGCUAGGUGGAUUAAUUAAUUUCCCUCUGAGUCAUUAGACCACAGAUUACCUUAAGAACUACUGGGAAAAAGCUGGAUGCUUUCUUUAACCCAAUUAUCCCCACUUCUCCAUUUAGGGAUAUAUUUUAUUUUGCAUUGGUCUAAUCCUCCAUGGUCUGUUUAAUUCUUUUUUUUGACAGCACUUUGCGUCAGAUAAUCGGACAGAUUAACCCUUUCCAGACCUUCAGCCUGAGAUGAUGCUUUUUCUGCCAUUUAUGACAAUGAGAUUAUUUUCCGGCAUUGGGUGAUCGUGCAGCUGGCCUCUCUCUUUUCUCAAAACUGCCUUCAAUUACUGACUGUACCAUUUUAAUGAUCCCAUUUACUAACUUAAAGGAACACUUAAGACACAUUAUUAUUGUUACAUAGCACCAACAAAUUCCAUAGCGCUUUACACAUAAAGCACUGGAACUUGCUGAAGGGCUUUACAUGUCUGGAAUUUGUCGUAUUUACAUAUUUUUUUGACAUUUAAUAAAAGUGUCGAUUUCAAUAGAAAUAUGCAUUUUCAUAACUGGGGGUAGAAACAUUACAGCUUCCUUUCCCCACUUCUCAGUGAUCUGAAUUACACUGAUCGCCCACAGACCAAAAGACGGGACGGCAUUGCAUAGGUUACAGACAGCAGUCUGCAAUUUUUGCACAAAAUAUUUGUCUAAUAUACCUCCAAAGAAAUGACUUGGUUAUAUAGCUGAAAAGAGGCAUGCGGCCAUCAAAUUCAGUCUUUAAUACUGCAGAUAAAAACAUACAUACUGGUUUGUUUUUUUGGGGGUGGAGUUUUGAUAUCUACUAAAUGGUUAAAAAAAAUACAUGUAAAAAGCCAAUGGAGUGUUUCUUUACACAACGACUGAAAAAGAAACGUUGCCGAACGCUUGUCUCUUACUCUACUUCUUAGAUCCCUAUUCAGACAUACUGUAAGCUCCAUCAUUUUUCAGAGAUCAAAACAAAUACUGGCAUUCAAAACCCUGUGGGCUUAAGUCCUGUUUGCUCUGCUAUUCACUUUAGUGAAAAUUGAAAGUAUGUACAGAGUAACUUUUAGACCACGAUAGCCCAACUGGGGAAAAAUUCAGCAUUGGUUUUGGUUUGGGUAUUUUGGCCUGAUUUUGAAAUCCAUUCUACAUUUCUGGAAACACACACUAUAUAGAGCAAGCAUGUCAAGCUCGAAGGCUAUCACAGGCCAAAUGAACAAGGUUUAGGUUUAUGUGGGUUGCAAAAAAGCUAAAUCUUCAGUUUUCAUAGAAAUGUAGGUUUAAUUUCGAAAAGUACAAUAUAAAUAAAAUUGCCUAACUGACACUGGAUGUCCUCACGCUUGUAGGGCUUCAAAUUAAACAAAAGAGUGAUAUUUAUUUUAAGGAGAUGUUCAUUUGCGUAUAACCAAUGGGACUGAAAUGGUGAAUGUAUGCUGUUGCACAGCUGUAAAAAACAAAUCACGUUAUCUUGUUGAUUUUGAAGUCAUAUGAGUGUGUUCUUCACUUUGGCUGAGAUCAUCAAACUUGAUCUCUGCCAAUACAAUGCUUUCCCAUAGGAAAGCAUUUAGAGGCUAUAUUCUGCAUGUGUGGCAAAAAGCUGCACAGCUGAUCAGCAUCUCCAUGUGGAGCGUUCAGCGUCUCCAUGCAGACCCAAUCUAAUACUCCCUCAGUUUGAUACACAGCCUUCUGUGGCCCCCCCUCCCACUCUAAUACAUUGCCCCCCUCCCUCCACUCGAAUACACUGCCCCCCUCCCUCCACUCUAAUACACUGCCCCCCUCCCUCCACUCUAAUACACUGCCCCUUAUUAUUAUUUAUUAUUAUUUAUAAAAUAUUUUACCAGGAAAGAUACAUUGAGAUUUCUCUUGUUUUCAAGUAUGUCCUUAGUCUAAUACACUGCUCCCACUCUGUCCUCUCUAAUUAAAUAUACUGCACCGCUCCCUCCCCCUAUUUAAUACAAUGCCCAACCCUCAAUUUAACACAGGAAGGUUCCCCAAGCCCCUCUUCUCCUACCUUAAGAGGAGUCGCCUGUCCUUCAGUUCCAGCCUGCUCUUUGCUCUAGCAGGCCAGAUGCUCCUAUGGCACUGUGAGCAGGUAUUGACAGUGCUCUGCAGACAGUCAGCCACUCUGCGCACAGUAGCGUCGACGCUGCGCAGCCGCCGGAUAUGACCACACACCGUAUGCGCAUAUCUGGCGACCAGCGUGGAUUAAUGCUUAGCGCUCUUGCGGCUGUCAGAGCACGUGAUCGCCUGUGGGAGAGCAGACAGGAAACACAGCAAAAAGUGAACCCAGGGCAGGUGGACCGCAGACAUACUCAUUGUGGGCCGCAAGUUUGACAUGCUUGAUGUAGACUGUAACAAAGUGCAUUGUGCCUCGUCACCCAAAGACCUUUAUGGAGAUUUAUAUUAAGCAACAUAUAGGUUAUAAUAGAUGCUGUAUGUAUUCUAUACACAUAAAUACAUAUACACUGUAAAAGUGCAACCCUUUUCAGGUUUUACCCAAGUUGCUUUAACUCAACAACCCACGAAUAUUUGUUUGAAUGUGAAUUUCAGUAUCCACUAUCCUGUGUUUCUGAUUUUGCCUCUGCUAUCUUACCCCUAGAGGUAGGGGUUGUGCAUGUUGCGGGGUAUUGUCGGUCCCACAUAACAUGUAGUGCCCCUUUAAGCAUGCGUGGCUCGCGGCGGGAGCUUAACAAGUCUUGCAAUAUACAAACACUUUCUCUAUCGGCAGCUACAAGUCGAGCAGCAGGAGAACCAGGUUGCCAUAGAACCGAGGGUUGAUUAGAAUGCCUGGCUAACACCUUCCCAGCUGGAGCUGUCAGGACACACACUCUCCCUAAUAAGAUCAUGGAAAGAGCUGGCAGUCUGGUCAAAACACGCGCCUACAGAUAUUGGUACUUGCAAAUUAGAUCAGUAGUCAAAGACUGCUUUGGUUUUUCUUCUCUUUUUUUUGGUUGCUAUUUUUUUUGGUUUUGUUACUGCUUUAUUUAUGACAGGCUGCGAUAUGUCUCUGCCAACAUUAACGAUUACCAGCAAAACAGCGCUGAUGCCGUUAAAAACCCCAAAAUGGUUAACGACCAGCGAUAGUCUGUUCCAUCUCGAUAUAGAGAUGAUGUUAAGCUCCUCAGUACACUGUGUGUCUCAUUCAGUUAAAAAGGCUCCAAAACAAGCAUGCUUUUAGAUAAAUAACAAAUUUAUAAUAUACACGCUGAAAGCAACACGCGCAGAGCUUCUAUUGUUCAGAGAGAAGAAAGCCACAACCAGACCCCUUCUAGCAAUGACGUAUAAUCCUAUUGUUGAGGGAAUACACAUAAUCAUAAAGGUCCUGCAACAGCUGCUUUCAGAGGACCCUGCAUGUAAAGAAAUAAAUGCAUCUCCCCCCCCUCCCUCCCCAUCUGGCCCCCAGCCAUAUUGGCAUUCAAAUAACCACUCCGCCUAAGGCAAAGGUAAACUGAUUCAAGAACAGGGCAGCACGCAGAAUGGCACAAAGCUAUGUAAUAAAAUUCUCUGCAAACUGUGUCAGCAUAUAUGAAACAGCCGCACAGCCAGGCUGAAUAGCAAAACACAUAACGGGUCCAUAAUCAGGUAAACAUCAUAAAAUACACAUAGUUUGCUACAUUGGGGUAAUGCCACAAGAGCUAUACCUCCGGAUGAACCUGCAGAUAUAAGUGAUCACAGGCCAAUAAAUUUGCACCCGUGUGUGACAUUUCACCCAGGCUCAUCACAGCUUUGAACACCUAAAAAUACAAAUACUUAAAGGGAAUUUCAAAACAUUUGGAAUAGAAAUGGUAACGUAUGUUGAUAUUCUAAGCACAGGACUAAACAUGGAGCUUAGAUUCUUAUCACAGUACCCACUCUUGUAUGUAUCCACCAUCUAUAAUCCACUUGUAUGUAUGGUUGUGUAUAUAUAUAAUAUAGUCAAGGCUGAAAAUUUCUAUUCUGGCUUAUAGUUUCUAGUCAUUGCAAGCCUGGAGGGUCCGUGGUACACUAACCACAGACCCUCUAUUUGACUGUGAUUAGUGAAGAGUGGAAAUUUUAAAGCAGAUCUUUUUCUGCACUCAAGAAAUAAAUAAAACAAGGUUCAGACACAGAGAGCUAUAUAGAAACAAAGAGCUAUUUCGAAGUGUCCACUCCUUAUUAUACACGUUUUAUGACUUUAUACUGGUAAGAUUUCCUGGCUUAUUCUGGCCAUUCCCUUUCCCUGGAAUAUCUUCUAAUAUUUACAUCAUAUACCCCUCUUCCAACUGGUAGAACAAUUGUGUCUUAAAGUAACAGUUUUAAAUUCCUUUAUAUUGACCAGCAUUGCUUCUAACUUGAAGAAGAGAGGAAACCUUUGAAAGCUUGUCUUUUUUUUUUUCUCCAAUGUUUUCAAUUUUUACUGAAGGUUUUUAGCUUACAACAGAACAUAAACCGUAAACAACUACAGAUUGCACGUUCCAUGAAAGCUUGUCUUGUAAUAUGUAUUGUUAGUCCAAUAACAAAGUAUCCCUGCAUACUGCAACGCUUUUGUAAAUAUUCAUAUAUUAUACACACACAAAUAUGACCAACAUUUUGUGAAGAUACGUGUAUCCUUCUCAAGUUAUUAAGUUGUGCAUUUAUCAUUAGAUGCUCCAGACCAGGGGUAGGCAACCUUUUAGUAGUACUGUGCCAAAACAAGAUCUUAUAGUCCUUCGGCGUGGAGGUCCUAUUUUUUAUAAAUUGAGGUGUGUCUGUUGCUGUAUUGUGCUUGUGUUAAUUAUGGGUGCUGCAGUGGCUUUGUUGCAUUGCUUUUUGUUUGUGGUAUUGUGUAUAAUACCUAUGAAUAAGGGCUGUGUGAGAGAGGCUGCUUGUGGGGAUGUGUGCGUGUAUAUGGAUUGUCAGUGGUGUUGUGUUUGUGGCGACUGUGUGUAUGUUUGUGAGUAGGCAGUUUGUAUUUAAGGAAGAGGCAUGUGUACAUCUUAUUACUUCUGAAGAAGCCCCAGACCGGGCGAAACGCGUUAAGUAAGAGAUCUGAUACUACUUUUAUUACAUAUUUUUUAUUUUGUAACAAUAAAGUUAUAGUUUUUACUACUUUAUUUGUUGUUCCUGAUACAUCUUGAAUCCUGACUUAUAUCCUUUGGUGGGGAUCAUACCACCACAUGCUGUCUAUACCAGAGCAAGAUAUUUGCUCUGAAAUUUGUAAGUAGGAUACUUUUCCUUUAUUUGCACACUUUUUAAUAGAUAUACUACACUAUUGGAUUUUAUUUCUAUUUUUAUCUUUCCAUAUACCACUGUGGAGGAUUGGAUACCGCAUUAUACCAUCACUUGAUAUCCUGAGACGGGGAUUAUACCGUCUAGGCGCUAUACGGCAGAGCUCUGAGUAGCUCUGCAAAGUGUGAGUGAGUCUUUUAUAAGCUUUUAUAUACUCUUAUUUCACUUGACAUAUUGCACUAUUAUUGUUCUGUACUUUUUUGCCUUGAAGGUUUUAUACAUUCCUAAUUAGAGGACUCUCUGUAUGUAUAUAUUUUAAUUAUUAUUUGCACUGUUUGGGCGCGGUUUACCACUUUUGUCUCUUCUGUUUUACUACUGUGAGCAGGUAUUGGGAAUUCCUGCUUGGUUCACUGAUGCCCACCUUUAGUUUAUUUAGUGAGCGCCUAACUCCUCUUUGAUGUGUACAUCUAGCAGUGUCGGUGGCUUCCCUCGGGUCCGGGCAGGAGCUGCGAUAGCUGCUGCAGGCUGCUCCAGUGUGGAUUCCUGUUCACAAGUGUUGCAAUGUGUACAUUGAGAAUUGCCCCUCAUCACCUGCAAUCACAGCCCACUGGGACUCUUGAUAGGCCAGAGCCUGUUUGGCUCUGGCAGCAUAGAGUGCCGUUCAAAGGCACUUCGAGUGCCAUGCAUGGCACAUGUGCCAUAGGUUGCUGACCCCUGCUCUAGACCUACUUAGUACCUUUUCACCUUCCCUGUUUGCCGUUCCAAGUUUUUGGCUUGCUAUGGUCUGUAAAUUUGUGGAGUCAUUAUCAAGCUUGGUCUGAGGGUGUGGGUACGCAUACAGAGACAUUCAAUUCUCUUUCCUAUCCGUGUUGUGUGUAUGGAGGGUCAGAUUUGUAAUUAAUGUUAUGGCAAUCAUAAAGGCCACAAUAGAUAAACAACUUGAACUGCUUAUUGAUAUGAAUAGUGUAGUGAGGCUCAGAUUUUUAAGUCUUAAAAUUGGAAAUAUCAGCCUUUUAUAUUUAUACUUUGUAUGGGCUUUGAUUACAUUCACGUGUUACUGUUUCAAGUGUUCUUUAAUGCACAAAGCCAUCCAUCUCUUACUCUUGCCUAUCUUGAUGUGCCAGUUUGUUAGUGAACUGACUGACUGACAUUUCCUGACUUCUAUAGAUACCCUAAAACAGAUAUUUUGUUACCAAAACGAAGAUCCCCAGCUCUGGUAGAACUAUGGCUCCUAUGAUGAUUUCCCUACCAUUAGGCUUGCAAAGCUAUAUGGCAGUUGUAGAACAAUUUAGAACUUAUCUUUUAUCCACAUCUGUCGUAACCGAUGCAAUGAUAAAAAUAGUUUGUGCAAGAAAAAAAGUCGUUUUUUUUCUCAAGGUUUGAUGUUGAAGUUUUAUUCCUACAGCUUGGGGUCUGCUGUUUUCCCACCCUUGCUUGGUAUCACAGUCUCCAGAUUACGAUUAAACGAUCACGUCAUGAUGAUACAUGAACUAUUCAGAGCAGCAGAGCAUUCAAAAUAGAAUCCCAAAGGUGUAAUUUGUGUAAAUUGUAAUAUGACAUUUUUUAUUUAUUCGCGUGUGUGUGUGUGUGUGUGGGGAGGGCAUACGCUUAUUAACAUGUAUCAUCAGAUGUCGUGUAAGUAAAUAGUCACGGUCUUUUACGGUGACUUAUGCAUCCGUGUAUAUUACUGUGUAAGUCACUAGAAUAGGCUCCUGCUCGUGUUUUAGCUGUGUCCCUCCAGCAGUGAGACAUAAGACAUGCGUCUGUUGUAGGUCCAUGCUUCAUUAAUCACUUGUCAUACUCGGGCUCCCUUGUAGGCUUCUGCCGCAGCACCGCAAGAUGCCCCAGUGCUCUGCAGGCAGAAACACUUUCUAAUCCCUUUUGACGCACAUGCUUACGUACACCAUCCGGCUGAUUUUCCAAGGGUGGGAGGCAAACUGCUUCUUUCAGAUGCUUUUCUGAAGCAAAAUAAGUCAGAAACCAAAAUAAAUGUACCUCUUAUACUUCUUUUUUUUAUUAUGAAUUAUCUACAUUAUUUGCUGUUUCUUUCAUUAUCUACAUUAUUAUACAAAUGUAUGUCAUAGAGUUGAACACAGAAAAAUAUGUAGAUCUGGUAUCUGAUAAUAAAAUACACUUUGUUUACUUGCUUUGUACUAAUAUAACAUCAAAUUGGUUGGCAUUAUUAUUUAUUUGAUGGCGUGCGUGUGUUCUCCUUAACCCUUUCAGUCACAAUGCUGAGCAGUGCUUAGAUAAGUACUUUUAGGGUUAAUGUACCUGCCCUGAUCAUGUCUUUUUCAGUUAUUUUCCAUCCUUUUUAUCCCGUAAUGAUGUGCGAUUUUACUUGUUUCUCCAUUCUACAAUACAGAAUUAUAGAGAAAGCCAGUAGGUAAGUCAUAUUGCAGUUUGUCGGCCGGAUGGAGUUGUUGUUGUGGCUGCAUGACAGUGUUUAAUAAAAUGUUAGAGAGAAAAAAACCAUUAUCAGUGAAAUUAUGCCAACAGACUUUAAACUUGCCAUGCCGGAAGUCCCCCAGACAGCCACUAUAGGAGGACUUAACCCAGCAAGAUAAAUAUGGCAGUUUAUAAAAACUACAGUACUUACACGUGCAGGGUUAAGGGUGAUUGGAGCUGAAGUGAUCUGGGUGCUUGCAGUGUCCCUUUAAAUAGUACAUCUCCACUAUUUCAAUCUGACUGUUUCAAAAAGUCCAUCUGAUUGGCGCAACUCUGCGUUUUGCCACCCAUGUGCACUUUCCUCCCAAUGCCUUUCUAUUUUCCUAUACUGCAGGACCGAACCCAGGAAGUCACCCCUAGUGGUUGUCUAAGUGACGGCAAGUAGAGGUGGCAUUGGGCAGCAGUGCACACAGUUUACAGUGCUAUGCCUGCAGGUACAUGCUCUAGACACCAGAGCCACUGAUGACAAUGGUGUCCCUUUAAUGCAUUUAAUUUUUGCCUAAUUAAUACGGGGCGCAGAAAAAAACAACUGUUUUGCAGAAUGCUGCAGCCUAAACCAGCCUUUUUAGCUAUGCCACCUCAUGCCAGAAAGACUUCCUUAUCAAAAGUAUGCACACUAUCUCGGCCACAACAGUACUGAGUGAGCUGUUUUUAAUUCACAACCUAAUGCAUAUAGUCAGAGAAAUGCAUACUAUAUGCCCCCCCCCCCAAGUGUCCUCUGCUUCUAGUGAUGGUUGCUUUAUACAGUAGUUCAGAUUGAGUACUGUCAGUAGGCGAACUGUGUACAUACAUUUGAUAAGGAAGUAUAUUUCUGGAGUGAGGUGGCAUGCCAAACCACAUAGCUUUGUGGUGCAGCAUGCGGCAAAACAUUUAUUUUUAUUCGUUUACGCAAAAGCUAUAAGAUUUGAGCAUGCACAAGAACACAGCAUGUUAAUGAGGCCAAAACGUAUAAAAUGCAUUAAAGUUGUAUUUGUGCCGGGUGUAUCCUUUUAACUCAUUCUCGGAGCAAGUGUUGAUGGGUAGACAGUUCAACGACCUUUGCCAAUGCUGCAGCUAGGGACAGUAUCAUAACAGAUCAUCAUUUCAAUAACCAUAGUGCUAUCACUACUAUGCUCAGAAAAGUUUUAUAUAUAAAUGCAUUUUAUUUUUAAUUUAUAAACCCAUUGACAUCUUUGCGAAUACCAUCAAAUAAAAAAAACAAAAACAACGUAAUAUUCAGUGACUCAUGUUUAGUGCAGGCAAUAGCCCAAGGAUUUAAAGCAGACGUGGUUUUGUUUCCCUGAGCCCCACGUACUGCAUGUCUCUAUAUUUUGACAAUGCUGUGUCAACUAGAGAUCUUCAAGCUAAUCUCUGCUGGGAAAAGGUUAAUAGCAAGAAUUUGGCUACAAAAUUUCCAGCUGCAGCCCACUAUAUACUGGAGGAGGGAGGGGGGUUGCCCAGGACUGCAUUGACGUCAAACUCUGCACAGCCACAGAUGAGUGUCUGAUACACAGAGAUGGUAAUUGAAUUAGACAGGAGCCACCUAAUUACAGAGUGCAGACACUUCAUUGUCAGGAACCAUUUCAUUACAGAUAAGGCGAGAGCGCUAAGAUUUCAGAAUAUCACUGCAGCUCCCGGCUAUGACACACUCAUUUCUUACUCACUGCGUGUAAUUAGUCCCUUGAGAUUCAGUCAUUCGGUCUCCUUUAAUAGUCGCAAAGUAUCCUGUAAAUGAUGAGCAGAACUGGAGUAACCGUAUAACACGUUGCUCAUCGUGUGUCGUCAUGGUCCGUGACUGUUUUAUUCUAUAAUACAACUCUUUACCGUUAAUAUUGCACUACGUAAAUACUUUAAAACGACACUCUCAGUCAUUUCCUGUUAUACCCUAUAACCAAACCAUAUUAAAUUCCACUUUUGUUACCAUUUGAAGCCGUGACCAGUUUACUUUUUAGAGAUGGCUAUCUCAGAAAUGUUUCUAAAUUUUCAACCCUUGACAUACUUUAUUAUUAUAUAUAUUUCUAUUGUUUUUUCUGUUCUCCUUUCUUGCAAAAUUUGCAGUUAAUAUGUUAUUUUUUGGAGAGGCAGGGCGACAUUAACCCCAAUGAUUUGAAACUACUAAGGAGAAUUAGACUCUUUGCACAAAAAGCUCUACUCGCAUUAACACACAUAUCUGUACAUUUGCUGGCUGUAUGACUAUAACAAUUCAUAGUUAAUAUUCUUAAAACAGAACUUAAUCAUAUUAUGCAUGACAUAUCUGAAUAUGAUUAAAAAAACCAAAAAACAUAUAUACUAUUUUUAGGAUUCUGUACAUAAUAUCUCGUGUGUAGUUUUGGAUAUACUUUAGAUUAAUCAGUUUUCUUGUCCGUAGCUUGUACUUUUGUACUUUUAUACUUUUUGGAAAAUGUGCAUUAGUCUUUGCAAACUGAACACACACUGAUCUCUAAUGCAUAUAUUAAAUGUAUUCACCCAAGUGAUGUCAACGCUGACUCAAAUGUCACCAUUUGCAAACUUCUACAGCCAGGAAUUUGAGCUAUAAACAGAAAUUUCAAACAUUUACUUAAAACUUAACAUUUAUAGCUUGGAAUCUCAUAUAAACGGACUGUCACAAGUACAAAUCUGACCAAGUAUGGGCCAAAUUUUCCUAGGGGCCUUCUUUUUAUUUUUAUUAUCAAUUGCGUGGCCUAAAAAGGAGGGGAGGGCACAUACCAAAUAUAUGUACAAUCACCUUAUAUAAGACUAACGUUGUCUCCAUAUCAUUACUCAUGAAGACAUCUUUCAACCUGAAGGUCUAAUAGCUAAUUUAAAAAUGACGCAAGACAUGGAUUUUAAUACUCCAUUUCAUUACAUACCUUAAAGGGACACUAUAGGAACCCAGACCACUUCAUCUCAUCGAAUAAUUGUAUUCACAUUGCCAAAAAGGAAGUUUUCUUCUAAAGUUCUCAGUGGAAUUAAAUGCUUCGCUAAGAAUGUUAUGAUAUGUAGGCCAUAUUCACAAAGUGAGAGGUUUUUUUUUUCCGUUUUUUUUCUUGUGAUCUGCGUUUUUUUCAAAUCCGACAGAUGCACAUGCAAUUGGAUCAAGUACUAGGUAUCAACAUUUCCCUUGGGAUCAUUAAAAACUGAUUAAUAUAAGACUUGUAGGGGAUUGAGUCUGAGUUAAAUAUGUAGGUCAUACAAUAGAAGCAAUAACGACAGUCGGUUGCUGGGGUGUAGAAUGCCCCUCAGCUGCAACUCUCAUCAUUUUCUUACAGUCAUAGCAUGGCAGUCCAACGUCUGGGAUCAGGGAGAAGAAAGAAAUUAAGAUAAUCUUAGAAGGAUAAUACAAUAAGAAGAAUAUUCCCACCACUUCAUUUCUGCGUGCCAGAGUAGACAUAGAUUUGGGGCUUACUGGGACUUUUUGUGGAACGUGGCUAAAAAAACAGUCGUUAGAAAGUAAAAACGAUUCUUAAAUCUGAAAUAUAUUAUAAAAAAAUAAUGUUGCUGUUAUUGUUCUAAAUAUGUGUACACUCAAAUUUUCAUUUAUUUUUUUUUAAAGUGGCAGAAUAAAAUUGUUUUGCUGUACGUUUCAGAUCCUCCAAGCUGUUCCGUGCGUUUUACGUCCCAUUUGUAUCCAGUUGGCACACCUCUUAUUCCAACUAUACUAUUCUAAAAGCCCGCAAGCCUAAACAGAUGAAGAGGAGAAGUGGAGUAUAGAGGAACACAUGAACUGACUUAAUUGUAGAAGAUUACUUCACCUGGAUCGUGGUUCUACAUCCAAAGAUACAAUGAUACGGAGUAAUCCACAGCCCUGCUAUACUACCAGAGUUACCUGUAAAUGAUUGUAGGCCUGUGUAACAACAGACUUUGUUUUCUUUGUUAAUUCUGGUCUUAUAAUGCAUUAGAACUUGAAUGCAUUAGAACUUGAAUUAGUACAAAUAGAAAAUGUGGCUCCCCAGCUUAUUCUCACCACUUGAGUUGGUUCUCAACAAGAUCUAGAGAACUGCAAGUUGCCUAUGUGUAUAAGGGUUAUGUACCAAGAUCCACCAUGGGUUGGUAUUGUCUUUUAUAAUUCAAAACAUCUCAUGUGUAUGUUGUGUAUGUCGUGUGUUAAUUGUGUGUCUGUAGACAGAGUUUACUGUAAAUGUUUCCUUCCAAGACGUAUUUAAGAGUGACCAACGCCUAGCAAUGUGGAUUAUGGUUCAUUGCACACUUGGUUUCUGGAACUAUCGUCUUCGUUUCAGAAACACUUAAACUUAUAUCCUUUGUAGAUAUCAUUCUUUCUCUUAUCUAAUUUCCUCCUGACCCACUUUAUCCCAGAAGACAUAGCUAGAAAGGGAAUAUACAAUGGCUGUAUGGUUAUUGAAGGUGCCGGACUUGUUGCUGCACAUGUUAUAUAUUCUUAUCUUUGACUGUGCACUGACUCAAUUUCUGUCUUUUUGCCCAUCAGACAGUGACACCUAGAACUCUAUGGAACUGUCUGUCAAUUAUGUUGAUCUCCGAGUAUUACGGAAUGUGGAAUGAUGUACACCAGGUUAUUGUAAAAUCGUAGACAAUUCAAAUUGACUUUUCUCCUCUACCUCCUUAGACCUUUACAGCUCAUAAACCCUCGCGUCCCUAAAAUGCAACCCCUACAAGUAGCAGGUUUGCUUUCAAUGCCGUAUAGUGUCAUGUUGCUUGCCUGCCAGGUACAACAGAUUUAAUACUGCUAUAAAUGGAAUUUGAAUCAAAAUAUUAUAUAUAUAUUGUAAUGCCCUAUCAAGCUCCUCCGAUUUUCUUUCAUUUGUGUUUGUAUGUGAAUAUAAAUAGUAUAUGUCUCUGUAUAUGUAUAUAUGGACGACUAUUCUUACACAUUCUCAUGAUGUGAGUGUAUAUUAGCAAAAAACAGGGAGUGAUCUUAAAUUAAUACGUACAUCAGAUUGCCUGACUUAUAUAGUAUUGGCAAUUUGGCAAUCAUUUCGUUAACUGGUGAAUAGCAAAAUGGAAUUGCAAACAGGCCAUUUUUUUAUUUAUCUCUGCCAUUUUGGAUGACAAUUUGAAGCUUUUCAGCUCACCAAAGUUCAUUGUUUAGUAAAUAAAUCACGGGGACGCUUUGAGUGAAAAAUCACUGUAUAAAGAGAAUUUGUAAAACAUGUCUUAAAACAUCAGUAUUUCAUAUAACAGUGGCAACGCAAAUGUACACAAAUCUAAAUCAACGUUUCUUUUAGGAUUUAAAAUAAACUACUCCUUUAGCGGUUCUACUGAGAUGCAUAACCCCUUUCAAAUGCGUAUCAUAUUUUUCUUUACUUUGAUAACAGUGCUACAUCAGUGGCAAACACUAUUACACGGGUUCAGCAGAGCUCGGAGGCAAUCCAAGAUGGAAACCUAUUAGUAAUGUGAAUGCAUCCCUGAUAGGCACAAGAGAGACGUCAAUCUCUACCAAACAGAGGUUUCCAUUCUAAGAAUAGAAAAAUCAAAACAUUUUUGAAAUGUAUUCUUCUUUUUUUUUUUUCUUUACGAAUCAUAUACUAAAAUGUUUAACCAAAUGUUUUAACAAUAGACCCAAUAUUGAUACAAUAAUAUUAAUUUUUAUUAGGUUUUCUAAAAUGUGAAUUGUCUGUAAUUGAAAAUGAAAUGAAAAUGUUAGACCGGAAUAAUGAAAUGGGCUCGGAGUCUUUCACUCCUAGCAAUUCAACUAUUUUGGAAUACAGGUGUUAUUCUCUGAUCUCCGAUUUGUAAUAAAUUUAAAUGAAACUGCAAAAUUAAGUCGAAAAUAGCCAAGCUCCAACUCUAAUGGAACUGGUUGCCUUCAUUUUGCUGUUUGGAUUGCAACACUCCUGAAUUCAGUGUGAAUUGUCACACCUUAAUGCAUAAUGAAUAACCCUGACUGUGUACACUAUGAAAAGAGCCAAGAAUUUCUGGUAUAGAUGUGUUUUCAUAAGCUCAAAAUAGAAGUAAUGUAUCUUUAUACUAUAGCAAAACCUAAUGGUAUAGUAACCAUCUUUAACUCCCCUAAUAAAUAAAUACCACUUUUCCACAAUUUAAUCCAUGGGUCUUCAAACUCCGGCUCCCCAGAUGUUGCUGAACUACAACUCCCGUGAUUCUCUGGCUAUCUAUGUAAUUCAAAGAAUCAUGGGAGUUAUAGUUCAGCAACAUCUGGGGGGCCGGAGUAUGAGGACCCAUGCUUUAAUCUAUAAGCAUUUAUUUGUAUUAAAUCUGCAGAUAUUCAGACAUUCACAAUGGUUUAGCUAACAUGUUGUUUAAAUGCACAUUCUCCAAAUUGCACAUUUUCACAAAUGUCAAAAAACAAUUGUCCAUCCUGAAUAUAUUUGUUUAACUUUGUGCCAUAGGGAGUCAGCAACUGAUAUGUAAAACUUUGGCAGUUAUUCCCAUUUGGCUAUUCUGGUCUGAUAAUUUUACCAAGUCGGCUAUGGAAUGGAAGCAUUAAUUUUACAAGCUAUGUUUCCUCAGACCUUUUCUGACGGUGUAUUGCAUCCUAUACCACAACCAUCACAAUUAAAGUCAGAAAAUGCUAAUCAAAGCAUCACACUCUGUCCAAACUCUAUUAAUAAGUAAAUUAAACAGAUGACCUGAUACCAGUUUGCAGUGUCUGGAAUACUCCAAAGGUACUCACCCACAGAAACCACCAUGUACAACAUUUGGUGGACCAAUAUAUGUAUUAAAGUCCAGAUUAUGUUUUAUGUUCUGUGUCUGUCCUCUGUCAUGUUGGUUUUAAAUUAAAUUUAAAAAGUAUGAGCCAUAUGCCAUCAGGAGUCUUAUUUUACAAAAUAUUUUGCUAAAUAUGUGG